AUGGAUGACGGCGACGAAUACGUCCCGCAGUUGUCGCAACUCGGCGAGUACGGCAUGGACAUGGCGCCGUUGCCCACCCAGCCACAGUAUCCGCCACAGGUUUGCCAUUUUUUUCCUAGGUUGAAAAUUGAUUUUUCAGUUGUAGUUUUGGUUUUUCGGGUUUAAAGAUGAUUUUUUGAGUUUGAACAUUGGUUUUUCAAAUUGAAUUUUGAUUUUUCGAGUUCAAAAUCGAUUUUUCUCAUUGAAAUUUGGUUUUUCGUGUUUAGAGUUGAUUUUUCGGGUAAAAAAUCGAUUUUUCGUGUCGAAAAUUGAUGUUUAGAAGUGAUUUUUCGAGUUAAAGUUUGGUUUUUGAUUUUUGAGUUGAAAGUUGACCUUUUUUCCUUGGUUAAAGUUCGAUUUUUCCAGUUGAAAACGAAUUUUUUGAGGUAAAAAGUGACUUCUCGAGUUGAAAAUUUGCUUUGCGCUGAAAAUUGGUUUUCUGUUUUUCUAAUUGAGGUUUAGUGUUAAAAAUCAAUUUUUCUAGUCAAAAGUUUAUUUUUCGUCUAAAACAUUGGGUUUUCGAGUUUAAUAUUGGUUUUUUUCAAGCUGAAAAAUCGACUAUUCUAGUUUUAAAUCGAUUUUUUUGAAGUUAAAAAUCGAUAUCUAUAGUUAAAAAAAUGGAUUUUCUGAGUAAACAUAGAUUUUUUGAGUUGAAAAUUGAUCUUUUGAGAAGAAAGUUGGCUUUCGUUGUCGCUAAAGAAUUGGUUUUCGGAGUUAAAACUAGAUUUUUUGAGUUACCUAAGCCUUUAUGAGCUUACGUAGGUCACAAACGGCGCUGUUUAAAUUUUUUCGCUGAAUCAAGCUGGAAAAUAUUCCCCGGUGCAUUUUCGUACAACAAAAAGCAGUUACUUACCCGUUUUUGAGCUUAAUUGAAUAUUUAUGUAGUCUGUACAUGGGUCUGAUUGAAGUUUUGACUGUUAUUCAUAAGUUAUCUGAUGAAUUGCGCUUGAAACUAACUGCAUGCAUUUAAUUAAUGAAAAAGCAGUUACCUGCUCAUUUUUAACAUGAAGGAUGAGGUUUGUAGGCCAAAAAAGGCUUUAGUCAAAGUUUAUCACUUUAAUUUCGAAGCUGUUCGACAAACUGGCCUUUAAAUUGUACCCGUAUUUAUUUUAUCAAUAAAAAGCAGUUUCCUGCUCAUUUUUAAACUCUAAUAAAGAGGAUUGUAGGCCAAAAAAGGCGUUGGUCAAAAUUUAUCAGAGUAAAUAUGAAAUUUAGGUUUUACACUAAACCAAGGUACUUUUUCUGAUAAAAUAAGCAAAAAUCUACAAUUUCUGAGCUCAAAAGUUCGUUCUAGUGUGUAGUCCCAUUGGAGUCUCCAGUUUAUUCAAAAAAAAAAAAAACCGUCCUUUCAUUUUCCCUACACUAAAAGCUCCACUAUCGAACCUUAAAGGUCACUCUUAAUGGGUUUUUGCAUUCAAAAAAUGUCACUUCUGAAUCAUUUUUACACUUAAAAGCCCUGAAAAACACUUUAAAUCAUUGUCACAACAAGAAGUCUGCUCCCAACUGUACUUUUACACUCGAAAAGGGAGCGUUUGACUCUUUUUUAGCACUCAAAAACAAAAAAAUCCAUUUCCACAGCUCACACUGAACCAUUAAGAAGGUCUACUCAAGACCGUACCCUAAAAAUAGAAUCUGAUUCAUUUUUACACUCAAAAAUCCACUCCAAACCGUAAUUUUACAUCAAAAAAGUGCCGUCUGAUACAUUUUUUGCACUCAAAAUAUCGAAUCUGAUUUAUUUUUCACGAAAAUGUCUAAUACGACACAUCUUUAGACCCAAAAAUCUACUGCAAAUCGGAAUUUUUCAUCGAAAAAUCGGAUCUGAUUCAUUUUUUACACUCAAAAAUCCACUCCAAACCGUAAUUUUACAUCAAAAAAGUACCGUUUGACACAUUUUUAGCACUCAAAAAAUCGAAUCUGUUUCAUUUUUCACAAAAAUCUUCAUUAUGACGCAUAUUUGAAACCAAAAAUCUACUCCAAAUCGGAAUUUCACAUCAAAAAAUCGAAUCUGAUUCAUUUUUACACUUUAGAAUCUGCUUCAAACUGUACUUUUACAUCAAAAAAGCGCCGUCUGAUUCAUUUUUCACGAAGAUGUUCAAUAUGACGCAUUUUUGAACCCAAAAAUCUGCUUCAAAUCGGAUUUUUACAUCGAAAAAUCGGAUCUGAUUCAUUUUACACCCAAAAAGUCAAACCUGAUUCAUUUUUACACUUAAAAAUCUGCUCCCAACCGUACUUUUACAAAAAAAAAGAGACCGUCUGACACAUUUCAAGCACUCAAAAAGUCCAUUUACAGGGCAUGUCGGGCGGAAUGACGGCCAUGACGAAUCCCUACGAGCAGCAGCAGCACAUGAUGAUGAUGCAGCAGCACCACGCCGCCGCUGCCGCUGCUGCCGCCGCCGCGGCGGCUGCUGCAGCUCCACCUCAGCCUCCCGCCAAGAAACCCCGGGCCAAGAGCAAAAAAGUAACCAUUUUCAUGAGAAAAUAUGCGGCCUGAUCCAUAUAGGGAUAAAUAAUUCGGGAGAGCAGUAAGUUUGGGAAAUUAUGAUAAGCUUCAACCCCAGAAAGGUGGUCACUUUUAACCCUACUGUCUCCAGCUCUCAGUGGGAUUUUUGAAUGAGGCUAGGCUUGCUAGAUGUAGAUUUUCACGCUGAUUCCGAAUCUGGUCUCAAAAAUUGCCUUAGAGGCCUGUGCAAAAAGUUAGGGGCUGUCUAAGUCAAAAAAUGUUCUGAAAAAGGUUUUUCAGGACAUUUUUGGUGUAAAAGUACGUUUUUGAGUGGACUCUUGAGAGGAAAUAAGAAUUAGAGAAUACAGAAAUGAAUAAGUCCAGGAGAAGCUUGAAAAUUUUAGGAAAUAAUGAUAGUAUAAGCUUCAGCCCCAGGAAGGUGGUCUUGAACAAGAAAUUUCAUUUUUACCGCACUAGGGAAGGUUCUCAGCUCAUUUUCUGAAUGAGACUAGGCUCACCAGAUGUAGUUUUUUACGCUGACUCUGAAUCUGUGCUCAAAAUGGGCUUUAGAUGCCUGUGAAAAAAGUUAGAGGCUGUCAAAGUCAAAAAAUUGGAAAAAAUUGGAUGAAAAUUGGAAAAAUUGGAUGUCUUUCUGUAAGCUCUGAAGGUUCUGGAGGACUUAUUUAGAGUUAAAAUACGUUUUGUAGUGAAUCCUUUGAGUUUUACAGAAUUUUGAGAGCUUUACAGAAUCAAAGAAACUUUCAAAAAGUUUAUUUAUAAGCUCUAAUGAAGGUGAUGUUGAAGAGGAAUAUAAUUUAUUUUUCAAGUUCAAAAUUUUAAAUAAGGAUUUUUUAAAGUGAAAUGAAUACGAGAAAUACUCUGAUUUUUAUAUUGGAAGUAGAUUAAUUUUUUUGAAUAAAUUGAUAAAAAAAUUUGGUCUUAACCAUAGUUCUCACAGGAAAACCGGAUCAAACUCUGACUUUUCAGGCCCAAGCAGCGGCGGCGGCUGCAGCUGCGGCCCAAGAACAAAUGGAUCCGAUGCAAAGUAUGGCGGCCAUGUCGAACAAUCCGAUGAUGCGGCCUUCCAUGCAGCAAAUGGGCGCCAUGUAUCCCGGGGUGAGGGUUUUUAUAGGAAGUUUGAGUAGACAUAGGAGAGGGUGGAAAAAGGCUCCAUAAAGGGACCCUUUUUGCGCAAUUUUAUCGGCUGUUAUGCUCCAUUUUUGCUCCCUUUUCCACCUUGAGCCUUUGAAACCCCAGAAAAAAGGGGAGGCUCGAUAAAGGGACCUUUUUUGGUGCCUUUUUGCAGCCAUUUUGCUGCCUUUUUGCAUCCAUUUUGCUGCCUUUUUGCAGCCCUUUUUUGAGCCUUUCUGCGGCCACUAUCCACCAUUCCAAAUUUGCCCGAAUUUAAGAGAAAUAAGUGGAAAAGUCUCACAUUGAGCUCAUUUUCCUGACGUUUUAUCUGAUUUUCUACGUUUUGUGAUUUCUAUAGGGAAGUCUCACAUAAAGCUUAUUUUUUCAAAGGUUUUUCAAUUUUUCUGAAAAGAAAUGUUUUUUUUAAAGCUCUGUGAAGCUUCCAUUCACAAUUUAGCUGAUUUCAUAAGUUUAUUAAGCAAGAAUGGGUCAGGUGAAGAAUCUAGAAUUUUUUUAUUUUAAGGUUUUUUUGGUUCAAGGAGGAUGAUGAGAAAAGUGCUAGGAUUUUUGACGUUUUUUUUCUGCCCCUAAAACGAUUUUUCCAAAAAAAGAGCUCUAAUAGAUUUUUUCUAUGUCAAUUUUGCUUCUUUUUGACUUUUGUAAUAAAAAAUAUUCCACGAGAUUCAAAAAAGAUCCUCUGGUGAAAUUGAGGCUCAAAAGACGUGGGAAGAACUCUAAUGGUCACUCAAGAGGCUCCCGAAGGGCUUCUUGAGAAGGGCACUAAAGUGAUCACUUAAACCACCUCCAUAAUGUAUACGUCUUAGUGGCCACUAUAGUAGCUUUAGUGGUCUAGUAGUGCUUAGAAAGGCAACUGAUUUUUAUCCACUCAAGUGGCCUCUUAUUCGACUACUAUAGUGGCCACUAGGACGUCAAAACCCUAAAGUGACCACUAAAAGAUUUCCCAGCCGUUUUAGGAGCUUCUGCGGAGAGGGUCCUCAAAGUAAUUUUUCCGCUUUGCUUGGGAAAUUCGAGUUUUCGAUCAAUAAAAUCAAUAACCAAUGAUAUUUUUCGUAAAUGACAUGACUUUUUCAGUCCCAAAUGGGAAUGUACCCGGGACAAGCUGGCGGGCCGUACGCGGGCGCUCCGGCGAGCACAAGCGGCGCUCAGCAGGGCUAUCGGCCAGGCCCUGCUGGCGCCGCGGCGGCCGUCCCCGGGCAGCAGUACCCGCCCGGCUAUCCCCAACAAAUGCACUACGCUCAACAACAACAGCAGCAGCAGGCGCAACAGCAACGAGUCCCGCCCGGUUAUCCCCCGCAGCCCUACGGAUACCCGCCGCAAGGGUAUCCGCCCAACGCGCAGUAUCCGCCGCACAUGAGGCCCCAGUUCCCGACCGGUCCCGGACAGCAGCAGGUGAGGCUUUAACAUGAGCAAUAAUCAGCCAUACUGCAAUUUCACCAAACAACUACGGCUUUUUUCAGUCUUGAACAGCUUUCAAAAAUGCCCGGGUGUUUCUGAGCACUUCUAGGGAUCACUUAAGGGCCCGCACACCACUAAAGUGGUCCCUAGAAAUGUUCAGAAACUCCCAGGGUUUGCACUACCAAGGCCCGAGUUUUAGAAAUAUUGAAUGACGUUCCAUUUUUCAGCCCCAUCCUAGCCCCUACUGGGACCAAUAUCCCAUGAUAAUUAAUACUUUAACAUGAGCAAUGAUGGGCUAGAAAGUGCAGUUCUAAAAAAAAAAAAGGGUUUAGUUAAGUUUACAGUUGAAAACGGCCUAAUUUCAGCCUUGAACAGCUUUGAAAAAUGCCCGCAUUUUCCUGAGCAGUUCUAGGGAUCAUUUAAGAGCCCGGACACCACUAAAGUGGCCCCUAGAAAUGCUCAGAAACUCCCAGGGCGCUUUUAAUUUGCACUACCAAGGCCCGAGUUCUAGAAAAAUGGAAGAAAUUCCAUUUUUCGUAGUUUCAGCCCCAUCCUAGAGAGUUUAGUCAAGUUUACAGUUGAAAAUGGCCCGAUUUCAGCCUUGAACAGCUUUGAAAAACGCCCGGAUUUUUCUUAGCAGUUCUAGGGAUCACUUAAGAGCUUUGAAACCACUAAAGUGGUCCCUAGAAAUUCUCAGAAACGUCCAGUUUGCGUUACCGAGGUCUGAGUAAUGGUUAUUCCAAUUUUCGUGGUUUCAGCCCCAUCCUAGCCCCUACUGGGACCAACAUCCAAGCUACUACCCGGGAGCUGGACCAGCUCCGCCGGCUGCAGCUUCCGCAUCCGGGCAAACCCCGCAACAACCGGUCAACUCGCAAAUGGAACAGUGGAAUCGGCAGCAGCAGGAACAUGCCAGGGUGAUUAUUUAAUUUCAAUGGAUUAAAGUUGCAAGGAGAAGAAAAGGAAAGGAAAAUGCUGAAAAAUAGGAAUUCAGACAGUUUUUAGUCAUGCCUCGUAAAGUAUUUAUUCGAAGAAUAAUUUUUCAAUAAACCUCAGGAUUUAGAAUUUUUCUGGUCCUAAAUAGUUCCAUUUAAAUUCUUUUUAAAUAUAGUUCAGAGCGAUAAAUGAGGUUUCAUGAGAAGAAUAAGUGUUGGAACGAAUUUAAAAAUUUCAAGAUUUUACUGAUUUUUUUGGUCUCAGUUCAAAAAGAAGCUUGAUAAUUUUUUUAAAAACUGCGAUAGGCUGAAAAAAAUUCUUUAAAAAAUGGUUUUUUUCAACGAUGAAUUUUCAUUUUUUUCGGUCUUUCAAUGUGUUGAAAUUUUUUUGAUAAGUUCAUUUCAUUUUUUUCAUUUCAAGUGUUUAUUCGCCAUUCCGCAAUCAGCACGACAAAUACAAAAAAAUAAAAACAUCAAGACAAUCAAAUAAAUCUAACAGCUGAUCUGUGGAAACGGCUGGAGGAAAAGAUUGUCUGAGUAGACGGUGCUAACCCCCAUUUGGUAUUUAAGUUUGUUCUUUGUAUUUUUAAUAAGUUAGAAUUUUUCUAGAUUUUAGUAGGAUCUAAUGAUUUUAAAAACGAUGUGUUUGAUUCGAACCAUGAGGUGAGCAUAAUCUGAAACUUGCCGAUUUCGUAUUCAAUGAUAGUUUCUCUCUCCAGUUGGUUCCAAAUGGGUAUGACUCUAUGAUUUAGGAAGCGUUGUUUGAUCAAUUCAUUCAUUGGUUGAACAAGUCUCAUUCCAUUUCCUCUGAGUUGAUUAUUUCUACUCGAAUUCAUCAUUAAUUUAACAGGCGACUCACUCCAAAAAUAUCCAUGAAUGUAUUUAUGAACGCAACAAACGUCUUUAAAAAGUCUUGGAAAACUAAAAUUUUAAUUCGACCUUUUUAACUAAAAAUUUUAGCAGCGAGUUGAAAUAUUGUGACUAUUAUCCAAAUUUUGAUGAAGCUUAGGUACUUAAAACACCUGUGGGUCUUGAAAAAGACCAGAUACUUGAAAAAAUGAAGAAUUAUCCGAAAAAUACUGGAAAGUUGAAAAUAUUUUUCCAGCAGCAAAUGUACCACAUCGAGCUGGAAAUGCAUCGGAUACAACAGCGGCUACAGCAAUUGUACCAGCAGCCACGGACCCCGAUGUUGGACCAGGAGAUUCAGCAGGUUAAUGGAAAGGCUUUGAAGAAAAAUGAAGAAAAAAAUCACUACACAAACUGGAAAAUUUAAAAAAAAGAGGUGGAAGAAUGAAAAUAAUUUUUUUAAGUCACUUCUUUUCCGUAUAAUUUUCUAACUUCUCAUUUUUCUCGAUUUUUGUCUCCGAUUUUAUUUUCUCAGAAUUCUCACCUUGUUCCAUCGAUUUCGUGGUUUUUAGAAUAUUUUGUUAUAGGGAGUCUUUCGGGAGCCUUCCGGGAGCUUUUUGGGAGUUUCUCGGGAGAUUUUUUGGGAGCUUUUCGGGAGUCUUCCGGGAGUUUCUCACUUUCUCCCUUUUUUUUGGAUUUUUUGUUAUAGGGAGUUUCUCUCGGGAGUCUUUCGGGAGCUUUUCGGGAGUCUUCCGGGAGUUUUUUUCGGGAAUUUCUCGAUUUCUUCCUUUUUUUUUGGAUUUUUUUGUUAUAGGGAGUUUCUCUCGGGAGUCUUUCGGGAGCUUUUCGGGAGUUUCUCACUUUCUUCCAUUUUUUUUUUGGAUUUUUCGAUGUUGUGAUUUUUUCGGGAGUUUGAAAAAGACGAUAGCCAAAAGGACAGUUUUUCCUUCAUAAGAACAUAAAUAAUUAUGGUUUGAAAUUAUUCGGGUCUUGAAAGGAAAAAAACCUCGAUUUUUGAGAAUUUAUCGAUCGGAAUUCAUGCAGACAUGUACUGCGCUAUUUGGGUUGAGGAUAAGUUGGAAAAAAGGGCGUUUCAAGUUUUUCGAUCAAUAUCCUAGUUUUUUUCGCUGGUAUGAAAAAAAGCCAACGAAUUUUUGAAUGUUUUCCGAUUUUUUUUAUAGGGAACUUUUCUCAUUUUUUUCCCUCUAAAAACUUUACAUGUAUUUUUAUCAUUUAAUCAUGAAUAUAUAUGCAUAGACAGAUUCAAAAUGAAGAUCUUAUCGAAAAAAAAGUCGAAGAAAUUCUCCGUCGGAAAGCUCCUUAGCAAUUUAAUCAUGAAUCAACUGUCAACUUUGAAAAAAUCAGAAAAGUCGCCGUUAGAAUUUUCGCUGCACUUUUUUUCAUUCCCCCGUUUUUUGGUUAUAGCCGAUUCACGGCUAGCUUGGGACGCCAAGGGGGCGUGGCUUGUCUGCGCCCUCCACCAACCAGACACUUUCUCCGUCAUUAUCGUGACAGGACCCUUUUUCUCGAUGGCUCAAGCCAGUCUUGAAUAACCUAUAAUUUUAAUCAAUUUUUCUCUCUCUUCCAGACGCAACACCGAAUGCAGUACAUGCAAGGAGAACAUCACCGGAUGAUGACCAUGAUUUCGGCAGCUGGUCAGGCUCCGCCCCCACAGCUUCAUGUACGUUUUUGUCCCUACCAGAUCAUGAAAAGAUUCAGAGAAAUUCAGUUUUUUUGUGGUUUUUGUACAAUUUUAAGCGGGAAAAGCUGAAUUUAGGAGCAAUUUGUGUUAUAAAUUUCAAAAAAUCAAAAAUUUUUCGUCCAAAAUCGUGAAAAAAUGGACUUUUUCGAGAAAAAUCGAGGUAUUUUUUUAAAGAAAGUAUAUGAAAAGUUCAAUUUUAAGGGGAAUUUUAAGGAUUUUUAGACGGAAAAAUCUGAUUUUAGGACAAAAAUUGACUUAAACUUGUGUCAUAAGUGAUAGAAAAACGUAACAAAAAAAUAUGUAACUUUCAAAAAAAUACAAAUUUUAUAAGUAAAUAGUUUAAUUUAUAGGUCUAAUAUUGUUAAAAUUCGAUUUUUAGCCGUUUUUUCAAAUGUUUUUUUCAAUUUUCAACCCUUGUAAGGCAAAGUUUCGUUUUUUUUGUCACUUUUUCAACGUAAACUUUAUCCCGAAUGUUCCAGACGCCAAGCGGCUCGGGACAUCCGCCGACGAUGGGCCCAACUGGCCCAACUUCGGUCGGAUCAGCGGCCGGAAGUGCCGGAGGCAAUUCGACGCCGGCUUCGGUAGGAAUUUUUGAUGAUUUUUAUUCUGAAAUUAUUGAUUUUUGUGUUUCUUUUUUGCCAUUUUUAGAUUUUUUUAAAGUUUCUACAGUUCGAUUUGGUUCUAAUAAAUCUAUUUUUCCAGCACCAACCGACCCCAUCAACCCCUGUACAAGUGACACAAAGCGGGAAUCAAGUUCAGGUUGGGAUUUUCCGAUUUUUUACAAUUUUCUACUGAAAAACAAGGGUAAAAUGAGUUCUGAGAUUUUAAAAUCGUUUUUUAGAGAUUUUAAGUUGUUUUUAAAUUUGUCCAGAAGUAGUUAUUUUUUUCAAGAAAGAAAUUUUUUUCAAAAAUAUUUUUUUCAAGAAAUCUAAAAAAAGUGAAAUUUGAAAAACUUUGCAGCAAAGUUGCUCUAUCGCACUUUUUCUCAGUUUUUUUGCUGAUUUUAAUCAUUUUCCGGUUUCACCCUUCAAAAAUCUUGGCAAAAUAUUUAAAAAUUGGUCUAGAAGUCACUACUUUCUCAGAUAAUUCGAUUGGAAAUUGAAAAAAUUUGGAAAAAAAUUUUUUUGCAGCAAAAGCUGCUCCAUCGCACUUUUUUUGAUUUUUCGUUUUUUUUUUCUCAUUUUCUCUAUAUUUUCCUGUUUUUUUCUGAUAAAUCUGACAUGCAAACCUUGAAUUUGAAAAAAAAAUGAUCAUUUUUAAGCAAAGUUGCUCUAUCGGACUUUCUUAAUAUUUUGCCUUUUUUUCUCAUUUUCUUUGUAUUUUUUUCUGUUCCCCUUGUAAAAAGCUCUGAUUUCCAUGAAAAUUUGAAGUUUUUAUGAAUUUCCUUUAACGAUUUCUCAGCGUAUUUCAACGGUUGUGUCAGAAAAAAUACGAAAAAACGCGUUUUUUUGAUCAAAACUCUUUUGUAUGUAGUUUGAUCUUUCUGAAACCUUCUUGAGUUUUGAUUACUGUUAUUUGUAAAAAUUUCGUGGAAUACCAGGAGAAAAAACGCAAUUUUACAGAGUUUCAAAUAGAUUGAGAUCCAUAAAAGGAAUUUCAUGCAAAUUUUUUUUUUCUGUUUUGUUUCUCUGUUCUGAUGGUUACUGUAGGUUCUUAAAUAAUCAUCUUCUUUUUUUUUCCAGCAUGUAAACUGGCGAAUCUAUCGGAAUUUCCUUCGAAAAUGAUUUGAUUUAAGGUGAACAUAAAGCCGGAAACUGGACGAACGCUCAUUUCGGUCUACCAUCGGUACGGCGAGUCGCCACGGGGCGACGAAGCCGCCGCUUUCGGCUCGGCCGGCAGCGGAAGUUCGACGGAAUCCAAGGACUCUGUCGUCCCCCCGGAACCCACACCAAGUGGUCAUCUACAGCGUCAACAGCAGCCCCAACAGCAUCGACAGGUCGGCUUUUUGGAGCGCAACAGCCUUUGAAGUCAUUUUGGGAGCAUUCAAGAAUGAAUUGAAAAUCUCUCCAUUUAUUUUGGAGUUUUUUAAGGCGCAGGGCGUGGCCUAAAUUUUCAAAUAGGUUUUUAGCACUUUUUAAAGGCGCAGAGGCUGAAUUUUUUUCAAAUAGGUUUUUAGCACUUUUUAAAGGCGCAGGGCGUGGCUUCAUUUUUUUAAAAAGAUUUUUAGCACUUUUUGAAGGCGCAGGGCGUGGCUUUAUUUCUUCAAGUAUACUUUUAACACUUUUUAAAGGCGCAGCACGUCGUCUAGAUUUUUCAAAUAGAUUUAUGGCACUUUUUAAAGGCGCAGGGCGUGACUUGAAACUUUGGAAUAUGUUUGUAGCACUCUUUAAAGGCGCAGGGCGUGGCCUAAAUUUUUGGAAUAGAUUUUUAGCAUUUUCUUAAAGGCGCAGGGCGUGGCUUGACUUUUUAAAACAGGUUUUAAGCUUUUUUUAAAGGCGUAGGGCGUGGCCUGAAUAUUUUAAAUACAUUUUCAACACUUCUUAAAGGCGCAGAGCGUGGCUUGAAUUCUUAAAAUAGACUUUUAGCACUUUUUAAAGGCGCAGGGUGUCGCCUUACUUUUUCAAAUAACUUUUAAGCACUUUGAAAUCAUAUUUUUUUUUCCAAAAAUAAGAGAUUUUCAUUAUUUUUUUUCAGUUGCCGGAUGGAUCGAAUGGCAUGGGAUACACCAACGGAACGCCGACGAUCCAAAAUGGAAUGGAAAAUGGGGCUAAGGUAAUCAUUUUCUAAAGAUUUGAAAAAUUAGAUUUUCUUGUACCUUUUCCAGUUUUUCGAGCAUAUCAGAACCAAAAAAAUGAGACUUCUAAAGAAAAUUGUUGCUUUUUUCGUGCUUUUCUGGUCUUCAAACGAAGACUACCGUAAUCUUGAACGUCAAAACUUGUGUUUUUUUAUAAAUGGCUUUCGAGUUUCAAAAAAUUAUGGCAACUUAUAAGCUCUGAAGUCGUUUUUCCGAGAUUACGGUAGCUUUUGCGAAAUUUUUCACAAAAGCUACCGUAAUCUCCGACCUCUUUGAGAGAAAAUUACAGUAAUCUGGCUUUUUUGAAGAGAAGUUACAGUAACCUGACUUUUCUUAAAGGAUAGUUACAGUAAUCUGACGUGUUGGAACGAAAAAUACUAAUCUGUAAUCUGUAAUCUGACUCAAAGUUACAGUAAUCUGACCAAAUUUCUUUACUUUUUCCGAUUUUUGAGCAAUUUUGAAUAUAAGCUACCGUAACCCGGAGUACCUGAACUUUGGGGCUCUUUCUAGUACUUUGUUACCGUUCCAUUAGGUCCCUGAAAAGGUUUUGGGUCAGAUUACUGUAGCCAAUAAGUAAUUUGGUCAGAUUACUGUAAUUAAUAAGUUUGGUGGUGAACCGAGACUUCUAAAAAAAGCUAUUUCUUCGAAAUAAAGCUACAGUAAUCUGAGCAAGACAAGAGAAAAGGAAAAUUUGAAGAGCUACAGUAACCCUGAGUACCUGACCUUUGCAGCUCUUCCUAGUUACCUUAGCUCCUUCAUUAGGCCCCUGAAAAGGUUUUGUGUCAGAUUACUGUAACCAAUAAGUAAUUUGGUCAGAUUACUGUAACCAAUAAGUUUGGUGGUGAACCGAGACUUCUAAAAAAAGCUAUUUCUUCGAAAUAAAGCUACAGUAACCUGAGCAAGACAAGAGAAAAGGAAAAUUUGAAGAGCUACAGUAACCCUGAGUACCUGACCUUUGCAGCUCUUCCUAGUUACCUUAGCUCCUUCAUUAGGCCCCUGAAAAGGUUUUGUGUCAGAUUACUGUAACCAAUAAGUAAUUUGGUCAGAUUACUGUAACCAAUAAGUUUGGUGGUGAACCGAGACUUCUAAAAAAAGCUAUUUCUUCGAAAUAAAGCUACAGUAACCUGAGCAAGACAAGAGAAAAGGAAAAUUUGAAGAGCUACAGUAACCCUGAGUACCUGACCUUUGCAGCUCUUCCUAGUUACCUUAGCUCCUUCAUUAGGCCCCUUAAAAGGUUUUUGUGUCAGAUUACUGUAACCAAUAAGUAAUUUGGUCAGAUUACUGUAACCAAUAAGUUUGGUGGUGAACCGAGACUUCUAAAAAAAGCUAUUUCUUCGAAAUAAAGCUACAGUAACCUGAGCAAGACAAGAGAAAAGGAAAAUUUGAAGAGCUACAGUAACCCUGAGUACCUGACCUUUGCAGCUCUUCCUAGUUACCUUAGCUCCUUCAUUAGGCCCCUGAAAAGGUUUUUGUGUCAGAUUACUGUAACCAAUAAGUAAUUUGGUCAGAUUACUGUAACCAAUAAGUUUGGUGGUGAACCGAGACUUCUAAAAAAAGCUAUUUCUUCGAAAUAAAGCUACAGUAACCUGAGCAAGACAAGAGAAAAGGAAAAUUUGAAGAGCUACAGUAACCCUGAGUACCUGACCUUUGCAGCUCUUCCUAGUUACCUUAGCUCCUUCAUUAGGCCCCUGAAAAGGUUUUGUGUCAGAUUACUGUAACCAAUAAGUAAUUUGGUCAGAUUACUGUAACCAAUAAGUUUGGUGGUGAACCGAGACUUCAAAAAAAGCUAUUCCUUCGAAUUAAAGCUACAGUAACCUGAGCAAGACAAGAGAAAAGAAAAAUUUGAAGAGCUACAGUAACCCUGAGUACCUGACCUUUGCAGCUCUUCCUAGUUUUUAAUAAUUUAAUAAUUUAUUGACAGAUCAGCGUGAACCCUAACGAGUUCACUUGGAUCUAGAAUUUGAGAGAAUACAUUAUACAGUUAUACAUCAUUUGAGUCGUGGAGGAAUAGACAAGAAGAUCUCGUGCAAUGGUAGAUUGACCAGUAAGUUUUUUUAAAGACUUGGGGUGGUGGCUGAAUUGAAAUUUGGAAGUGAGUUUGUUCCAAGUAGGAAUUGUUUUAAAGAAAAAAAUCAUUAGAAAAACUGACCUUGAGAACGCAGUCGAAGUGGAUUUCGCCUUAAAUUGGACCUGAGGGCAAAAAAAGUUCGAACUGGGGAAAAAUGAUCGAUACCGAAGACAAUUUUAUGAAGGGUCAGAAUGUCAGAUAUAGCUCGUCUGAGGUAAAGUGGAGAGAUAUCAAAUUGUUCAAGGCGAUCAGAGUAAGAUUCAAAGGAUAAGUUGGACCUAAUAAAAAAAUUUUUACGAGAAAAAAAUUCUGAGAGGAGAUUCCAGUUUGUAGCAGAGAUCAGAGUUAAGGGGAGGGUUAAAAAAACUUCGGAGCAGUAUUCUAGAAUAGGCCUUACAUAGGUGUUAAAAAAAUUUUUGAACAAUAGAUCAGGUGAUUUGGAACGAAAAACAGUUGAGUAUCUGAUUGGAACGAAGGGUUGCUAAAGAAACGAUAUUGUUAAUGUGAGGAGCGAGAGUUAGUUUAUCAUCGAUAAGAACACCUAGAUCACGGAUAAUGGUUUUUCUGGGAAUAGACAGACCAUUGAUUAAAUAAGUUGUUUUGGGAUUGAGGGGACCAAGGUUGAUAGCAAAAGUUUUGUGCGCAGCAAGAGGCAAAGCCCCAAAUGGAAGACCAUUCAAAUAUGGAAUUAAUACUACGUUGGAGAGAUUCAGGGUUAGAACUGUAAAUUUUUUUAUAUCAUCAGCGAACAGAGAGAUUGAGGUUUCAUGGUCAAUGUAGUUAACAAUAUCAUUGAUGAAAAUUAGAAAAAAAGCAAAGGACCAGAUACAGUUCCUUGAAGGACACCGGAAGUAUUGAGAUAAGUAAGAGAAGAACGAGAUCCAUCGAUCAGAACAUUAGAAACACGCUCAGAUAAGAAGUUUUUGUACCAUCGAACAACGUUUUCGUCAAGACCAAAGUUCUUGAGCUUAUGAACAAGCAGAGAAUGAUUUACCUUAUCAAAAGCCUUGGCAAAGUCAAAAUAAACAACAUCGACAAAUUUUUUCGAGGCGAUAGAUUUUUGCCAAGAGGAGAGGCAAGAUAGAAGGUUAAGCUUGCAAGAUCGUUUGUUUAAAAAUAGUUACCUUAACUCCUCCAUUAGGCCCCGGAAAAGGUCAAACCGAUGACUUCGUUGCAGUUUGCAAAUGGACAGCAAAAACUACAGUAACCCUGAGUAGAAAAAACUACAGUAACCCUGAGUACCUGAACUUUACAGCUCUUUCUAGUUACCUUAACUCUUCCAUUAGGCCCCGGAAAAGGUCAAACCGAUGACUUCGUUGCAGUUUGCAAAUGGACAGCAGCCGGUGACUCACCCACAACUCGCCUCGCCUCCCGCGGCCAACCCCUACGAUCCGACCUAUCCGUCGGCGUCGUCGCAACAACCCCAGCGGCCUCCCACGAACCCGCCCCCCGGAAAUUUGCCAUAUUCUUCCGCCGCUCAACAUCCUGGCAUGUACGGACAUCAACCGGUUUGUUUCUUUUCCGAAUUUUGAAUUUUCCCAAAGACUUUCUGUACUUUAGAGUGGCCCCUAGAGGGGUUAGGGAAAAGAACAGCCCCUCUAUGGGACAAGUAGGGCUCCCUAGAGGGGUGAAAUUUAAGUGGUCCCAAAGGAGCUUAAGGUGUGACUUCUAAGCCUUUUAAGCUUGAGUGGUCCCUAUAGGAGUUUAGGAUCUGGUUCAGAAGCUUUUAAAGCUUAAGUGGUCCCUAGAGGGGUCUCUCAAUUUCAUGUUCUGCUUUUAGAGUUCUUAUAGGGACCAAUACCAUGCUUCCCUAGAGUGGCCACUUUUUCAAGACCUUAGUGCCCAUUUUAGGGGAAGAAAUCCAGAGGUGGACCUUUGAAUGCCCCUCUAGGGACUUCUCUGGAGCUCCUAAGUAGUCCAAUCCUCCUAAAAAAAAAUGACCACUUUCCUCAGAAAAUCCCCCAAAACAUCAAAAAUUUUCAGCAACACCCAGCGAAUCCGUACCAACAGUAUAACAACAUGAAUGGUCCUCAAAAUCCGUACGCGAACAACGGCGCUCCACCGCCAAUGACGUCACCGACCGGCUAUCCGUAUCCGACGGCACAGCAGCCAAUGCAGCAUCCCCAACAGCAGUUUGCCCAGCAGCCUCAGGUAUGUUUAAAGGCGCACAGGAAGGUAGAAAGUAAGAGUUUUGACGCGAAAACUUUCUGGCGAGUUCUGAGACUUGAAAAUCGGUUGGCCCAGCCUUUUCAGGUUAACAUAAUCUUUGAAGGAAGAUUUCAAAUUUUCUAGACUUCUCAGAAGCCAAAUUAAAGGAGCAUAAGGAGAAAGCUCGAAAAUGUAUCGAGAAGAAUUUUUUUUUGAAGGAUGAAACUUUGAAAAUCUGUACACAGGGUCCUUAGGAUGAAGCUUAUUGAAAUUUUCGAGAAAAUGGUAUUUUUGAAAUCGUCUGGUCCUUCAGAAUCAGCUCCUAAGUUUAAAGGCGCAUAAGGAGAAAUUUUAAAAAGUUUCGGCGCGAAAAAAAUUCUUAGUUUUCAAGAACGGCUCUGUACUGUAGCUUCAAAGGAAUCUCAUCAGAAUCAAACUGAAAAUAUCAUUGAAGGCGCAUAUGAAGGCUUUUUUCAACUCCUGUGCCUUUAAUAACUAGUACUCACUGCUAUAGGAAGAUUUUUCAAAAGCUGAUUCAUCAAAAGCUCAUAUUAUCACUGGAGCACACUUUCCCACGCUUUAGGACUUCUUCAAAGUUUUAAUCAAGGUACGCUAAAAUUACCAUUUAGCCCUUUAUUCUGCCUUCUUGAUCAAUUUAUCAUUGGAGCGCACUUUCCCACGCUUAAGGACUAGUUCGAAAGUUUAAUCAACUUUUAGCAAGCUAAUUAUCAUCAAAAUGGUAUCGAGUCCAUUAUUCUGCUUUCUUGAUCAAUUUAUCAGUGGAGCGCACUUUCCCACUCUUUAGGACUUUAUCAAAAGUUAAUCAAGCCUUUUGUGAACUCUGUUGAUAAUUUUAAAAGGCUUGAUCAGUUCUUAAGCUGUUUAGAGCAAAUUCUCAGUGGAGCGCACUUUCCCACGCUUUAGGACUCUUCCAAAAGUUUAAUCAACUUUUAAUUAACCUCAAAUAGCUAUCAAGAUGGUAUGGAAUUCAUUAUUCUGCCUUCUUGAUCAAUUUAUCAGUGGAGCGCACUUUCCCACUCUUUAGGACUUUAUCAAAAACUGAAUCAUCUUUUAAUUAAGCUCAGAAUACUAUUUAGUCCUUUAUUCUGCUUUCUUGAUCAAUUUAUCAGUGGAGCGCAUCUUCCCACGCUCUAGGACUUUUCCAAACAUUAAUCAAGUCUUUAGUGAACUCUGGUGAUGAUUUAGAAGUUUGUGAGCAGUUUUAUUUCGCUGUUUAGGUCGAAUUCUCUUUGGAGCGCACUUUCCCACGCUUUGGGACUUCUUCAAAACUUUAAUCAAGUUUUAAUUAAGCUCAAAUAAUGAUCAUGAUGGUAUGGAGUCCAUUAUUCUGCCUUCUUGAUCAGUUUAUCAGUGGAGCGCAUCUUCCCACACUUUCGAACUGUUUCAAAAAUUAAUCAAGUCCUUAGUGAACUCUGAUGACAUUUUCAAAAGGUUUGAUCAGUUUUUUACGCUUCUCUGGUCAAUUAUGAGUCUUCCCACGCUCUUAAAAAUUUCAAAAGUUUUAAUUAGAGCGCGAUUUCCUCAAAUUAAAACUUUGUCGAGCAAUUUUUCCGCUUGCCUGCUCAAAUUAUCAACGGAGCGUAACUGCCCUCUCGAUUUUAACUCUAUCUAAAAUAAAUUAUUUUCGCAAAUUAUCGAAUUUUCCAGGGCCUCGUGCCGGCAGUCAAGCCAGAACCAGAAGUGCCGUCAACGUCAGCGGAACCGCCGAAGGUCGAAGAAGACGUCCAGCCGUCGACGUCGACACCUCCAGACUUCCUGGCGGCUGCUGAAGCUGUCGCUAAGGAAGACGCCUUGACGGAAGAAGUCCAGAAGGUCGAACCAGAAGACGUGCCAUCGGAAGAGCCCGAAUCGUCGUCCUUUGUCGAGAAUCAAGAAAGUUUCGCUCCGGAUACUACCGCCAGUAGUGCCGAUACCACUGAACAGUCGGUCGAUGUCUUCGAAGAGCCCAAGAGAAAGAGGUCCGACAGUUAUUCUGAUGAGGAGAAGACCAAGGAAGACGUCGAAGAAGAUGAUUCUGACGCCGAAACCCGAGCGGAAAUCCGAAAAUUGACAGCGUCGACGUCAGAAGUCGUGACGCCCGAGCCGACGUCGCCACCGAAGUGCCAGUUCGUUUCGGACGACGAGGAUGACCUGGACACGUCCAUGGCUUCUGCCCAAGUUGAAGCCGUCAAUAAUGACGAAGAGAAGGAGACGGAAGAGCCGGAAACUUCUGAAGACGUCACCAAGGAGCUGAGGUAGAGAUCUCAAGUGGGAUAGGUCUCGAAAAAUGAAGGUUUUUCAGUGUUGCUCCGUCGGAGAAGACACACGACGAUGCGGAGGAGUCGUUUGAGAAUUCGACGGCCAAGACUGACAGCGAGCCGACGCCCAGUGAGGUGAGACUAGAAUGAAAGUUCGCUCCAUUGAUAAUACGACAAAAAACGGACGUUUCUAGGGAUCACUUAAGAGGAAGUGGUCACUAGAAAAGCUCAGAAACGUUCGGGCGCGUUUUUAAAGUCCGAGAGCUUCAAGAGACUUCAGAGAAGUUAGAAAACCCUCUUUCUCUGGCGUCUCUUCAGGCAGGUGUUGUUCUCUCGCUCCUGACUUUUUAUAACUAUUCUUUCAGCUCAUUUCCUUCUACUUGAAGUUUUUUUGAAUUAUCUCCAAAAACUCGAAUUUUCAGUCGAACGAAGGCUUCACCGAACCAUCCACCCCAGCCACGCCGAUGACCCUGGCCCCCGUCCAGAAAAAGUCGGUCAAAAGGCCGCCCGUUCCCAAGGCCAAGAAGAAGAAAAACGUCGACGACUCCGGCGACGACGACGACGACUUCAUGCCGGAGAAGGGCCGUGGUCGCAAGAAAUGGGCGGCGACGGCGAAGAAGCGAGCGCAAGCCGCCGCGGCUGCCCUCGCCGAGGGCCUCGAGCUGCCCCCGGAGCUCGCCGACGCCAUCGCGACGCCCUCCAUCCGCAGAGCCGCCAGCGGAAAGUGGUCCGAAGCCCUGGGAGAUGAUGAGGAUGUGUGUAGUUUGGUCAUUGGAACUUUUUCGAGAGUCCAGUCAUCGUUGGCCUUAUUUGAGCUUUAUUGAGCGCUUUCCUUUUUUGGAAAAGUUAGAAAAAGAGAAGAAGCUUGUCCCAUGCCUAUUCUAGAUUUCCUGAACCUUUUUAUGCUUUGAAAAAUCUUAAAAAACCAGAAAAGGCUAAGAAAUCAGUCCGAAGCCCUGGGGGAUGAUCUUGAUGUGUGUAGUUUGAUCACUGGAAAAUAAAUCAACUGAAGAUUUGAGUUUUUUUGGGCCUUCUUUGCCUUGAUAAAGCUUAAAAAACUGAAAAAAAAAUGGAAGAAGCCUCGGGUUUAGAUGAGAGUGUAUGUAGCUUGGUCACUGGAAAAAUUUUAGAAAAAAUUUAAAAAAAUCAAUUCCUUUGUUCCUGGCCUGCAUUGGGCUUUUUGAGACCCCUUUUUGCUUCGAUGAAGCUCGAAAAAACUUCAAAAAAACAGUAAAAAUUCAUCAGAAGUCUAUUCCAGCUUUUCUGACCUUUUGUUGCUUGGGAAAGUAUCAAAAGUCCGGGAAAAGUUUCAAAAAAAUUAGUUGGAAAAGGUUCAAGGCCUUGGAUGUGUGUAGUUUGGUUAGAGAUUCGAAAAGUGGUCAUUUUAGUGGAAAGGGAGAGCUUUCAAUCUUUCAAAAACUUACUAAAAACUAAGAGAACAACCUAAAAAUGAUCCAGAAUAUUUUCUAUUACUUUUUGAAAAAAGCCCUGACCGAUGCUGAGAAGAAAAAUUCAACAAAUCGGUUUAUCUGAAAAAAUAGUUCUUCUGAACUUUUUUGAGACAAGACGGCUUCAAAGUUCACUUUUGAACAUUUUCCUGCGCUCCCGAACUUCAAAACCUCUGUUCAAAAUUUUCUCAGAACGUAAUUUGGACUUCUAUACGAUUUUCUGGAAUCGCAACUGUACGAAAUUCGGAAAAUACUUCACUUUUCCGAGGCCUCUUAUUAUAACCGUGAGAAAAAAAAUCGGAUUGGGAAAUUGUGCGCCAACGCAAAUUGGGAAUACAGUCGUGUGAACUCUUCCAAAAUUUCGCCUUUCCCUUUCAUUUUCCACGAUUUUAGUCCAUGUUUUGCGCAAAAUAGAAAUGGACAAUUUGUGCGCCGGCGCGAAAUUAGAUUAGAGAGUUGUGAAAUUUUGAAUUUUCGCGGAUUUUCGGCUGAAAUAAAAAAUUGAGGGAACAUUUUUGAAAUAAUGGACUUGGGACUGCAGGCGUUGGAAUUUCAAAUUUUCAAUAUCUAAUGAUUCUAACAGAUUUUUUGAAGGUCGAAUUUCCAUUUUUGAAUUUUUUUAAAGAUGUUCUUUUUACUUCAUUUUAUCUCAAUUUUAUGAUUUUUUUGGGGGCAAAAUUUGGCUUCAAAAUCUCAAAAAAAUACGCCUUUUUUUCACUUCAUUUUAUAUCAAUUUUAUCAUUUUUUUGGACAAAUUUUAUUUCAACCCCUCAAAAAAAUCGCCUUUUUCCCUUUUCAUUUCCAUCUCACUUUCAUCAUUUUUAGGACGAAGACUCGAUGAUGACCAUGGCCUCAACAGCCAACGCCGACCUCUCCUCGGACAUUCCCGUCAUCGAGAAGAUUUUGAACUCGCGCCAGAAAGACGGCCAAGAGGAGGAGUUCCUGAUCAAGUGGAAAAACCGGGCCUACAUCCAUUGCGAGUGGAAAACGGCUAAGGUACACUUUUUUGGUGUUGAAAAAUCGGCGAAAUUUGGAGUUUUUUGAAAAUAGUCCAUUCACCACUCCUUUUAAAAAUUGUCUCUUUUAAGGCUUAUUCUGCGUCUUGAGACCAUUUUUGAGCAUUUUACUCUCUUUUUAAGCCUCGAAAAGCUUCUUAACUUAAAAAAUAGCGGGAUUCUGGGUCUUAAGACCAUUUUUGAGCAGUUUACUCACUGUUUAAGCUUCAAAAAACCUUUUUCCUUUGAAAAAUUGACCACAUUCGAAAGAUUUGGAAAAUAGUCCAUUCAGUGCUCUCUUGAAAGGAUGUUCAUUUUGAGCCGGAUUCUGUUUGAGCCGGAUUCUGUCUUGAGACCAUUUUUGAGCAGUUUACUCACUUUUUAAGCCUCGAUAAACUCUUUAACUUGAAAAAUUGGCAAAAAUGCGAACUUUUUGAAAAUAGUGUAUUCGCAUCUGCCUCUCAUUUUUCACUGAAUUUUGCGCUUUAAGACCAUUUUUGAGACAUUAAUUCAAAUUUUCGAGCGUUAAAGACGCUUGUAAUUCGCUCUACCUUGAAAAAUUGACCAUUUUGAUAAUUUCUGGAAAUAGUCCAUUCAUCGCCAGCAUGUUUAAAGUUUUUUUCUUUAGCACAAAGUUCUAUUUUUUAUGGCUUUCAUUUCUUCUUUUUCGAGUACUGAACUCGAAAGCUAAGUUUAUUUAUUUUUCCAGGAACUAGAAGAAGCUGACAAGAGGUCGGUGGCCAAGGUGAAGCGUUUCAAGCAGAAGAAGAGCGCGGCUUUCAAUGAUGUUCGUUGGAAAAUUUAGAACAUGAUUUAUUGGAAAUUUGAAGGACGACGAAGAUUUCAACAGCGAUUACACGAUCGUCGACCGUGUUGUCGAUGUUCAAACGACGGAAGAUGGAGAAUUGGCGUUGAUCAAGUGGAAGUCCUUGGCUUAUGACGAGGUAGGUUUGGAAGAAGUCAUUGUGGUCGCAUUGAGAAUGGCUCAAAGCGUCGCGGUUUUCUUUUUCGGCUGUUUUGAGAGAUCAACGGCGGCCUGAAGAGACUCUAGAGAAGUUAGAGCACUCUUUAUCUCUGACCUCUCUUCAGGAAGGGCUGAUCUCUAAGUGCUGAAGGGAUAAGGUAUCUGACUGAAGGACAGCAGGAAAAAAGAGUGGAAACUAGAGAUCAGCAUCUAUCGAAGAGACUCUAGAGAAGUUAGAGCGCUCUUUUUCUCUGACAUCUCUUCAGGAAAGGCUGAUAUCUAAGUGCUGAAAGGAUGAAGCAUUUUUCUGAAAGGGCGCAGCAAAAAAAAAAAGCGGGAAGCUAGAGAUCAUCAUAUAGUGAAGAGAAUUAGAGAAGUUAGAGCGCUCUCUUUCUCUGGCGUCUCUUCAGGAAGGGCUGCUCUCUAGUUCACACUCUCUUCAAACUAGAAAAUUGAUGGGAGAGCCUGAAAAUCAGCAGCAAAAAAGUAGAAGCUAGAGAACAGCAUCUAGUGAAGAGAAUUAGAGAAGCUAGAGCGCUUUUCCCUGACCUCUCUUCAGGAAAGGCUGAUCUCUAGUUCAAGCUAUUUUGAAGCAAUUUUUGAACUUUUCUACUGAAUUCCAGUUCAUAACUUAUCGAUUUUUAGGUGACUUGGGAACCGAUCGAAACGGUUCCGGAAGACAAGGUGGACGUCUGGAAAAUGCGACAGGUUAUCGAUAAGGCCAAAGUGGUGGGUUUUAUCAGAGAAUGAUGAAUGAAUCAAGAGAUUUUCCAGAAAGAAAAGAUCCGGCCAAAGCCGGAAGAGUGGAAAAAGAUCCCGGACUCGAUGGUUUGGAAGGACGACAAUAAUCUGAGAGAAUAUCAGUUCGAAGGCGUCAAUUGGCUCCUCUACUGCUACUAUAACCAGUAAUAAAUCAAGAAAAAUCAGGAAAAUUACCGAUUUACAGGCAAAACUGCAUCUUGGCCGAUGAGAUGGGUCUUGGUAAAACCGUCCAGACGAUCACCUUCUUGUCCCAGAUCUUUGAGUUGGUUUUUUCCUAAUUUUGAGGGUUGAAACUGUCGGAAAAUGAAGGAAAAUCGGGAUAUAAAUUACAGGGAGAAGGGAAGUUUUGAAAAGUUUCCUAUGCAAAUUUACUUCAAAAUCGAGAAAAUGGGGGUCGAAAAACAGAUUUUGCUCAAGAAAAUGAACAGUGAAAUUUCUGAAGUUUAGGAAGUUUUUUGAAUGUCGUCAGAUUGUCUAAGUUUCUUCUCAAAAAAAAUUUUAUAAGUGUUUCUAAAGGAAAAACUUCUUGAACUUCAAAAUAUGUAGCGAAAUUCGCUUUACAAAACCUACACGAACCUUUUUCAACCCGCUAGAUUUACAAAUUAUUACUGAAAGGGAAAGUUCCAUCACUGAAUCCUUGAAUUUGUUGAUCCAUUGAAUUUAGUUUAGAUUAGAGUUACAGAAGGCAGUUUUCUGAUUGAAAAAUCACAAACUUUGAUUUCGAAGCGGUUAAAAAUCGAGAUUGAGAUUUAGAACAGUCCUUUUUUGAAGCUUUUGCUCCAAGAAUUUGAUUUCAGCCGACCGUUUUUGAUCUUACUACAGUUCUCAAGCUUCAAAGGUCUCAAAAAAAGUUCAAAAGAACCCCAAAAAAUCAGCUAAGGUAUUCAAGGGCCUCCUGUGAUCCUACUGUAGUUAUCAAGUUUCAAAAACCCUAAAAUUCCAGCUAUGGUAUCCAUGGACCCUUGCUGAUCUUACUAUGAUUCUCAGGGUUCAAAAAUUCCGAAAUUGAUUUAAAAGAACCCGAAAAUUUCAGUUACGGUGUCCAUGGGCCUUUUUUCGUCGUACCAUAGUUUCCAAGCUUGAAAAGUUCCAAAACAAGUUCAAAUGAACCCCAAAUUUCAGCUAUGGUAUCCAUGGACCUCUUUUGAUCUUACCAUAGUCUUUAAACUUCAAAAAUUUCAUAAAAAAGGUUCAAAAGAACCCCAAAAUAUCAGCUAGGAUAUCCAUGGACCCUUCUUGAUCAUACCAUAGUUCCCAAGCUUUAAAAAUUCCAAAAAUGGUUCAAAUGGACCCCAAAAUUCAAGCUAUGGUAUCCUCGGACCCUUCCAAAGCUUCAUAAAUUCUAAAAAUGGUUCAAAUGAACCCCAAAAUUUUAGUUAUGGUAGCCAUAGACCCUCCCCAAGCUUCAUAAACCCAAAAAGGUUCAAAUGAACCCCAAAAUUUCAGCUAUGGUAUCCAUGGACCCUUCUGGAUCGUGCCAUAGUUUCCAAGCUUCAACAAUUUCCAAAAAAGGUUCAAAAGAACCCCAAAUUUCAGCUACGGUAUCCAUGGACCCUUCUUGAUAGUACCAUAGUUUCCGAGCUUUAAAAGCUCCAAAAAUGCUUCAAAUGAACCCCAAAUUUCAGCUAUGAUAUCCAUGAACCUCUUUUGAUCAUACCAUAGUUCUCAAGCUUCGAAAUUUUCAAGAAAGGUUCAAUUGAACCCCAAAAUUCCAGCUACGGUAUCCAUGGACCCUUCCUGAUCGUACCAUGGUUUUCAAGCUUCAAAAAUUCCAAAAUUGGUUCAAAAGAACCCUAAAAUUUCAGCUAUGGUAUCCAUGGACCCUUCUUAAUCCUACCAUAGUUUCCAAGCUUCAUAAGGUCUGAAAAAAAAGUUCAAAAGAACCCAAAAAUUCAAGCUAUGAUAUCUGUAGACCUUUUUUGAUCGUACCAUAAAUCUCAGGCUUCAAAAAUUCCAAAACAAGUUCAAAAGAACCCCAAAUUUCAGAUACGGUAUCCAUAGACCCUUCCUGAUCGUACCAUAGUUCCCAAGCUUGAAAAACCCCCCCCAAAUUCCAGCUACGGUAUCCAUGGACCCUUCCUGAUCGUGGUCCCCCUCUCGACGAUCCACAACUGGGUCCGGGAGUUCGAGACGUGGACCGACAUGAACGCCGUCGUCUACCACGGCAGCGCCAACGCCCGUGACGUCAUCCAACAGUACGAAAUCUUCUACAAUCGGCAGCACUCCGGCAACAAAGUUGGAGAUGAUCUUCCUUCAUUUCUAGACUGUCAUUUCCAGAACUGGAAGAAGAACAUGGUGAAGCUGGACGCACUGAUUACCACCUUCGAGAUGGUGGUCACCGACUGCGAGUUCCUGAGGAAGAUCCCCUGGAGAGUCUGCGUCAUCGAUGAGGCUCAUCGGUUGAAGAACAGGAACUGCAAGCUGCUUGUCAAUGGUUCGUUUUUUAAAGGAGCAUUCUUUCAACAGCCUGCGCCUUUAAUAACCAAAUGGGGGGAGGGGGAGCGGAUUUUUUUGAACUUUAUGUACAGUUUUUUCGUAGGAAAUUGAGUAAAGUAGGAUCAGGUCUUUUUAGAUAGGGUUAUUAAAGGUGCAUAGAACAGUUUUUCGAUUAGCCUGCGCCUUUAAAGGGAAGGUUUCGGCUCGAAAAGUUGGUUUUUUGAGCUUUCUCUAUAACUGGUUCGUAUGAAAAUGAGCGAAGUGGGUUCAGAGAUCUUUUUUGAAAAGGUCUAGAGGAGCCUUUUUUUUUCACAAGCCUGCGCCUUUAAUAAGCAUGAGGGGAGUUUUGGCGCGAAAAGCUGGUUGUUUAAGCUUUAUCUACAGCUGGCUCUUAGGAAAUUGUGUGAAGCAUCAUUCUGGAGAUGAUUUUUAAAGGAACAACGUAGAAAGACGAUUUUCGAUCAGCCUGCGCCUUUAAUAACCAUGAGGGAAAUUUCGGCGCGAAAAUUUGAAUUCGUGAGGUUUUCCACAGCUGGUUCGUGGUAGAGCGAAUGAAGUAGGGUCAGAUCUUCUUGGAUAAGAUAUUUAAAGGAGCAUAGAAAUAAGGCUUUUUCAUGAGCCUGCGCCUUUAAAAUGAGUCGAGUUUUGGCGCGAAAAGUUGGUUUUUUAAGCUUUAUCUACGGCUGGUUUGUAGGAAAAUUAAGGAAGUAGGAGCAGGUACUUUAAAAAAAACUUCAAAGGAGCAUGGAAAAAAUUCUUUUUGGUCAGCGUGCGCCUUUAAUAAGCAUGAGGGGAAUUCGACGCGAAAAUUAGAAUUCUUGAGGUUUUUCACAGCUAAUUCAUGGGAAAAUGAAUGAAGUGUGAUCAGAUAUUUUCGGAGAAGGUCUUUCAAGGAACAGCGUUGAAAAAUGCUUUUUGACCAGCCUGCGCCUUUAAUAACCAUGAUUAGAGUAUCGGCGCGAAAAGUUGGUUUUUUUGAACUUCAUCUACAGCUGGUUCGUAGGAAAACUAAGGGAGUAGGAGCAGGUAAUUUGAAAAAAAGACUUUAAAGGAGCAUGGAAGGAAUGCUUUUCGAUCAGCCUGCGCCUUUAAGAUGAGUCCAGGUUUUGCGCGCAUUUUCUGAACCUGGAUAGUUUAUUUUCACCAUUUUAAAGGUUCCUGGCGACGAUGCGGGGGGAUUAUGGAAAAAAAGAAUUUUUUUAUGGUAAAUUCAUAUUUUUUUCUGCGAAAGUAGCACUUCCCAGACCUCAUUUUCAGGGAUUUUUCUGGGAAUAUUAUUUUUUUAGCGGGUUAAAAAGGUGUAUGAAGGGAGAAAACACCAGGAAAAGGCUAGAAAAAUCCGUUUUUUCAGGUCUCCACGCCUUCCGAAUGGAGCACCGAGUUCUGCUCACCGGCACCCCGCUCCAAAAUAACAUCGAGGAACUUUUCUCCCUCCUGAAUUUCCUCCACCCUCAGCAAUUCAGCAGCUCUGGUGCAUAUAAACAUAGUUUUUGAGUUCAAAAAUAUCGAUUUUCAGCCGAAUUCCUCGAAAAUUUCGGCCAAUGUCAGUCGGACGAACAGGUCCAGAAGCUCCAGGAGAUCCUGAAGCCGAUGAUGUUGCGAAGACUGAAAGAAGACGUCGAGAAGUCGCUCCAGCCCAAGGAGGAAACCAUCAUCGAGGUCUGUCUGAUCCGUCUGCGCUCUCUUUUCUCUCCGCAGAGAGGAAAGAGAGCUUUUUUAGCUCCACAGAGAGGGAAGAGAGCGCUGAGAAAAAAAGAGAUUUUCCAGGUCCAACUGUCCGACACGCAAAAGAAGUACUACCGGGCCAUUUUGGAACGGAAUUUCACGCAUUUGUGCAAAGCUGGUACGUUUUUAAAGUCUGAAAUUGGAAAAAAUCGAAAUUUUCGUGUCCUGGAAUACUAGAAAAAAAUAAUAAAAAAACAGGAUAUUUUUCAACAAAAAAAUUGUGAUUUUCUAGGCUUAAAAAUUCAAUUUUUUUGGCUUAAUUUUUUUGAUUUUUUUCUUGAUUUCAAGCCUAAAAAAACCUGAAAUUUUAAUAUUUUCACUGAAAAAAAGGUAUAAAUUUUAUACAAAAACUUUAAAAAAAUCUUUUUAUUCUAAAAAUUACAGGAUCCUCGGCUCCUUCUUUUGAUGAAUGUCAUGAUGGAACUCCGAAAAUGUUGCAAUCAUCCCUUCCUCAUCCAGGUGAUUAAUUAAUUGUGAUCCAGGUAAAAUUCAAAAAAUUAUUCUGGAUUUUUACCGUAACCGUGAAAAAAAGACCAAAAAAAGCCGUUUUGAAAAAAAGAAUAAUAAUUAAGAAGGAUCAUUUUACCGUUUCAAGGAAAAAAAUUUAAGAGUCACAAAAUAUUUUUUUAAAAACGUUUUUUUUGCUAUAAAAUCUACUUAAUGAAUUUUUGUUGAAAAAUUUUUUUCACGAGGUUAAAAAUAAGUUGAAAAAAGAAGAAAAUGGCUUUUUGGCGGAAUUUUGAACUUUUUUUGAAGGUUUUACGGGAGUUUUUUUGAAGGACUAGAGAAUUUGUUUGGAAUGUUCCGACCAUUUUAAACUUCUUCCAUGUUCUUACGUUCAUUAUGUUUCUUUAAAGUUGACGAUUUAAGUUGAAAAAAAGCAGAAAAAUGGCUUUUUCGUGGGAAUCUUGAAAAAUAAAACCUUUUUGGGGUUAUUUGGGUACAUGUAAAGAGAUUAAAAAAAUAUUUUUUUCAAUAUUUUUUUGCUCGCUUGAAAUUUUGUAAUGUUUUUUUGUCGUUGGAAGCUUUUUUUACAAUGUGAAAAAAAUCUUGAAAAAAAGGCAGAAAAAUAGAUAUUUUUUUCCCUUUGAAAAUCGAAAAAAAGUUGCUUUUUGAAAUUUUUUUAGGGACGAUAAAUGAUAUUUUUUUGAGGUUUUUUUCCGUUUAUUUAGAACUUUUUUUCAAGUUUUUUUUCAGUCGUUGGAAGUUUUUUUAUAAGAUUAAAAAAAGAGGGAAAAAAGCAAAAAAAUGGGUUUGUUCUUUUGAAAAAUUCGAAAAAGCUUAUUGAAGAUUUUUUUAGGGACGAUAAAUGAUAUUUUUGAGAUUUUUUUCCGUUUAUUUAGAACUUUUUUUCAAGUUUUUUUAGUCCUUGGAAUCUUGUUUGUAGUGUGAAAAACGUUGGAAAAAGCAGAAAAUAGAUAUUUUUCCCUUGAAAAUCGAAAAAAAGAAGCUUUUGAAGGUUUUAGGAAACUUUUGAAGACCCUAAAGUACUCCUUUCGAGAUUUUACUUGUAUUUAAUGAGCUCGAGAUCUAAAUUUCACUUUUUAGGGAGCCGAAGAGGCGAUUCUGGCCGAAAUGAAACUCCAACAUCCGACUUGGGACGACGAGAAGUUGGCCCAAAGAGCUCUGGUCCAAGCGUCCGGAAAAGUUGUCCUCGUCGAGAAAUUGCUGCCGAAAUUGCGGAAAGAUGGCCAUAAGGUUUGUUAUUUUUUGAUGAUCUGACCGCGUUUGGAAUGGCUCGAAGCCUUGCGGUUACAGUUUUGAAGUUGAAAAGGGUGCAAGUCGUUUUUGGUCGGCUGCGGCUUGUAGUUAAGCUUUUGAAGUUAAAUGAGGGCGCGCAAGUCGUUUUUGGUCGGCUGCAGCUUACAGUUGACAUUUCCGAGUUGAAAAAGGCGGCGCGAGUCGUUUUUGGUCGGCUGCAGCUUACAGUUACGGCUUCGAACUUGUAAAAUUAUGCGCAAGUUAUUUUUAGUCGGCUGCAGCUUACAGUUGACAUUUCUAAGUUGGAAAAAGCGUCGCAAGUCGUUUCUAGUCGACUGCAGCUUUUAGUUACAGUCUCGAAGCUUAAAAAAACGCGCAAGUCGUUUUUUGUCGGCUGCAGUAUUAAGUUAGAGUCUCGAAGUUGAAAAACGCCAGCGAAAGCUGUUUUAAGUCGGCUGCAGCUUACAGUUGACAUUUAUAAGUUGGAGAAGGGCGCGCAAGUCGUUUUCGGUCGGUUGCAGAUUAGAGUUACAGUUCUGAAGUUCAAAAAGACGCUUAAGUCGUUUUUGGUCGGUUGCAACUUCCAGUUGAAUAUUUGAUGUUGAAAAAAACGCGAAAGUCGUUUUUGGUCGGCUGCAGAUUACAGUUGGAUUUUGAACUUAAAAAAAAAUCGAAAGUCGUUUUAAGUCGGCUGCAGCUUACAGUUAGAGUCUUGAAAGUGGAAAAAGCGCAAGUUGUUUUUGGUCGGCUGAAAUUUCAUGAUAACUACCUUGAGCGCCUUGAGCUAUUUCAAGCGAUCAACAAAUCAGAAAAGCCUUUGAAAGAAUCAUUUUUCAGGUCCUGAUCUUCUCCCAAAUGGUCAAAGUGCUCGAUUUGAUCGAAGAAUUCCUGAUCAAUAUGAAUUAUCCGUUCGAGAGGAUCGAUGGAAAUGUCCGGGGCGAAAUUCGACAAGCUUCAAUCGAUCGAUUCAGUCGCGAAAGUUGGUUUUUAUUGAUUUAUUUUGGGUUUUUUGGGGCUCUCCAAGUGUAAAAAAUUCUUUGGGAAUGUAUUUCUUUCAAUUUUUACCCUGGAUUUUGAUUCUGUAACGAGUUUUCUGUACAAAAUUUAUCAAAAGAAGGCGAAAAAGGCAUAUUUUUUGGAUUUUUCAGACUUGGCUGCGUUUUUCUUGAGAAUGGCUUCAUAUAAUACAUUUUUAAAAGUUUGAAAAAUUUCCAGAAAUUUUUUUCAUUUCUUUUAUAAAAUGCUUCAAUAAGGACUUGAGGGGUUAUGAAUCGACUAAAAAUCAAAAUUAGAAGUUGUAGAGUUUUUUUUGGCUUGAAGCCCGUUUUUUCCGGACUUGGCAAUGAAAAAACGAAUUUUGAACCUUUUUUCAGAUUCCGAUCGAUUCGUCUUCCUUCUCUGCACCCGAGCCGGUGGCCUGGGUAUCAAUUUGACGGCCGCCGAUACGGUCAUCAUUUUUGACUCGGACUGGAACCCGCAGAACGACCUCCAAGCGCAGGCCAGGUAGUUGGGGAAGAAGAGAAUUUGGGUUUUUUGAGGAUUUUGAGGGUUCAAAAUAUAGUCAAAAAAGGGGGUUCUGACUUGAAAAUAGGUUUUUUGGAGAAUUUUCUUUGACAAUUUCGAAUCUGGAGUAUUGAAAAAAUAAAAUAAUAGUAUUUUUAACACGGUUUCUUGACGGAAAAACCAAACUUUUUUAUUUUUCGAGAAAGAAGGUCCCAAAGUUUGAAAAAUGUCGAUUUUUAAUCUUUUUGUUUUUGGUCGGUCGCGCAAGUUGUUUUUGAUCGGUUGCAGUUGCCAUCUAGAAUUUUGAAUUCGGAAAAGGGCACAAAAGCCGUUUUUGGUCGGCUGCAGCUUACAGUUGACAUUUCCUUUUCGAAUUUUUCGCUAAAUUUUGAGCGGAUUUUUGAAAAGAAGUAUUUUAAUUUCAAGUCGAAAAAUAGAUCAUAACCAUGCGUGGGCACUUAAUAAGUCCGGGGGAGGUAGAGCCUUGCUAAAAAUCAUGAAAAAAAUAAGGAACAAGGUCAAAUUUUUUUAAGAAAAAAAGAGGAGGGGGAAGCUUGGUAUUAAGUUAGUUGGGGGAACUUUAAUAUAAAAAAACAUGGGAGGAGGUGAUGGCGUCCUUUUGAAACGGUCUGCCCAUGUAUUGCCGAUUCAAGCCUAGCCCUCAAAUUAAAAAUAACCCCCGGGUCUUUUUAGGACACUAAUCUUUAUAGAAAUCGGCAAAAGAAAACUUUUUUUUAUUACUGCCUUUUUUUAUUGUUUUUUUAGGGUCAUAUUUUGAAGUUAUAUCUGAUUCACGGCUAGCUUUGGAGGCUGAGGGGGCGUGGCCUGUCUGCGCUCUCCAUCAACCAGAUACUGCCUCUUUUCUUAUCGUGUCAAGACCUAUUUUUCGAUGGCUCAAGACAGCCGUGAAUCAGCUAUAUGCUCACAACGAAAGAUCAAAAAGUUCCCUGACGAAAAUCAGCUCGAAAAUUUCCACAGAUGCCAUCGAAUCGGACAGAAAAAGAUGGUGAAGGUCUACCGGCUGGUCACCGCCAACACCUACGAGCGGGAGAUGUUCGACAAAGCCUCCCUGAAACUGGGACUCGACCGGGCCGUCCUCCAAUCCACCACCGCCUUGAAGGAGAGCAGCACCGCCCUGAGCAAGAAAGACAUUGAGGAUCUCCUCAAAAAGGUGAAAAAAUGGAAUUUUUGAAGAUUUUUGGGCUGAAAAUACCUAUUUUUCUCGUGAAAAAAGGGAAAUUUUCAUUUUUCUUCUGCAAAAGGGCCUCUGAAAGAAAAAAAGGACAUUUUUCUCCGAAUCAGUCUGAAAUUUUGACCAUUUUUGGGCUGAAAUCAUUUAUUUUUCUCGUGAAAAAAGGCGAAUUUUCAUUUUUCUUGUGAAAAAGGGACUCUGAAGGAAGACAUUUUCCUCAAUAAAUUGAAUUUUUGACCUUUUUUGGGCUGAAAAACUUAUUUUUUCUAGCAAAAAAAGGCUUUUGAAAGUUUUGGCAAUGUUGGAAGGGUCGAAAAUGAGGUGGAGAAGGUUUUUUUAUGAAAUUUUGAAGUUUUUUUAUACGAUUUUUUUAAAGAUCAAAAAGUCAAAAAGUUCAAAAAAAGUAGUCAAAAAAAGCCCAAAAAAAGCAGAAAAAUGAGAAAUUUUUUUAGCCGAGAUUUUUGAAAAAUUUGAUGGGAAAUGGACUGAAAAAAAGCAAAAAUUUUCAUUGAAAAAAACGGUAUUUUUUUGGUUUAUUUUGAAACUUUUUGUGAAAUUUCGAAAAAUAGAAUUUUUAUUUCAUUUAUUGUAGCCGAUUUUAUUGAUUUUUUUCCACACGAAUUUCUUCAUUUUAUGUAACUUUAAGCGAUUCGCAUGAAAUUGAGUCACUAAAAGAACUGAAAAUGGCCCAAAAAUGUGAAGAAAAAGGAAAAUUUUUCAAAAGAAACGAUUUUUACUGAUUUUUCUACAAGAAUUUCUUCAUUUUAUGCAAUUUUAAGUCGUUUUCAAGCCAUUUUCAACGAUUUUUGGUUAUUUUCAAGCGAUUUUAAUCAAUUUACAAAGUUGUUUUAGUCUCUAAAAACUCUGAAAAAAAAAUAAUGAAAUUUCCGAUCCAAUAUCUCAAUUUUCUAUCAUUUCUAGGGAGCCUACGGGUCAAUCAUGGACGAGAAUAACGAAGCGAGCAAAUUUAAUGAGGAAGAUAUCGAUACGAUCCUCCAGCGCAGAACCACCACCAUUACCUUGGAGGCCGGCCAGAAGGUUUUUUCAGAAAAUUUCAGAGAAAAUGAACAUUUUUCAGGGUUCCCUUUUCGCGAAAGCUUCAUUCAAUUCGACGCACAACAAGGGCGACGACAUUGACAUCGAUGAUCCGGAAUUUUGGACCAAAUGGGCGGAGAAAGCGCAGGUAAAAAGGAGGAAUUUUGAAAUUUUCGACCGAAAAUCAACUUUUUUGCACUGAUUAUUUUUGGUUUUUUAGUCUCAAAUUUUGGAAGAUUUCUUGAUUGUUGAAUGAAAGUAGACAGUUUGAAGCUUUUUGUAAUGGUUUUUCAUAGAAAUUUCGAGAAUUUUGCAAUUUUUGGGUCAAAAAUGAGCUUUUUGUGGCUUUUAUGGAACCAAUUUAUUAAGAAAAAAAUUCUCAAAGGAUUCUCAAAAAAACAUUUUUUUGAUGAAAAAAAGAGGAAAUUUGAAUUUUUUUCGACCAAUUUUCGCUUGAAAAAAACCACUUUUUUUGCCCCGAAAAAAAUUUUUGAAAUUUUGGGUUUUUUUCAGCUCAAAAUGAUUAUUUUUUUGGUUUUUUUGGUCUCAAAAAUUUAAGUCAAGCAUGUUUUUUUCACUAUAUUUGAGGGUCUUUUGAAGCCCUGGAUCAAGAAGUUUGGGUUCAAAUUGAUGAAAUUUUUGAAAAAGUUUUGAAAAAAAUCACUAAAGGAGGAGCCAUAAUUCAAGAGUUUUCUAAUGAUUUCUUGGAUUUUUGAAUGAAAGUAAAGAAUUUGAAGCUUUUGUAAUGGUUUUUUUCAUAGAAAUUUUUGAGAAUUUUGCAAUUUUUUGGUUCAAAAAGGACCUUUUCGGGAUCUCUAUGGAACCAAUUUAUUUAAAAAAAUGUUUUUAAAGGAUUCCCAAAGAAGAUUUUUUUGCAAUAAUCAAAGAUUUUUUUGAUUGAAAAAAAGAGCAAAAAUUAAAGCGUUUGUAGCGGUUUUAAUGGAAAUUUCAUAAAUUUUGCAAUUUUUUUGGCUUAAAAAUGACCUUUUCGGGGUCUCUAUGGUACCAAUUUAUGAAGAAAAAAAUUUUUAUAAAAAGGUUCCCAAAGGGGAUUUUUUUGAUGAAAAAAAGAUCAAAAUUGAAGUUUUGGAGUGGUUUUUUUCCAUGAAAAUAGGGAUGAUACUCUCAAUUUUCGGUUAAAAAAAUGGCUUUUUUUGACAAAUUCUGAACGAUUUUCUAAAGAAAAAAAUCAUUAAAAAAAGGAAAAACAAAAAAAGAUUUUUAAUGCAAAGACGGACAUUUUAAUGAUGAUUUCAUAAGAAUUUUCAUCUUUUUCCCGCAGGUCGACGUCGAAAAAGCGACGGCAACGCCUGACGGCCGAGAAUUGAUCAUCCAAGAACCCCGGAAAAGAACUCAGCGAUUCGAAAACACCCUGAAAGAAGAGGAAGACAGCGACGGAAGCGACGAGAAUGGAAAAUCCCGCGGAACCAAGAGAGGAGGUCGGUUUUAGAGCCUCUUAAGGGGUCACUUCGGAAGAAAACGCAGGUUUCACAGUAAAAAUGGACAGAAAAUCGACCAAUUUCCACAAAGAACUCUGUAAAAUUUGCUCCAAGGGACGGUAGUUAUCUAGUGGUCCAUCAAGGGAUUUUGGAGCCACUUUAGGGAUCACUUGAAAGAACAGCGAAGUCUCGAUUCUCAGGAGAAUUCCCGCGGAACCAAGAAUUAUGGACAGAAAAUCGACCAAAAUUUUCUCCAAGGAAGUUUGGUAUUUAGUGGUCCCUCAAGGGGUUUUAGAGCCUCUUAAGUGGUCACUUGAGAGAACAGAAUCGUCUUGGAAAUGAUCCUGGAAUUCACAGUGAAAAUGGACAGAAAAGGAUCGAUUUUCGCAAAGAAUUUUGUUAAAUUUGCUCCAAGGGACGGUAGUUAUUUAGUGGUCCUUUAAGGGGUUUUAAGGCACUUUUUUAGUGAUCCCUUGAGAGGACAGCUCGAUUUUUGGAAAUAAAAUGCAGCCCUCAUGGUAAAAAGUGACAGAAAAUCACCGAACACUCUGUAAAACUUGCCCCAAGAAACGGUAGUUAUCGAGUGGCCCCUUAAGGGGUUUCAGAGCAUCUUUAGAGAUCUCUUGGAAAAAUCGUCUUGCAACAUCACGAGUUUAAGUUAAAGAGACCUUUACAAAAAAAAAAAAAUGAAGAAAGUGACAAAAACAUUGAUUAGUUCCGUAGAGCGCAGAUGACUUUGAACAUUAAUUCUUCGGAGGCUCAAUUGGAACUUUUUCAUAAAGUUCCUUAGAAACGUUAGAGUGGUCCCUAGAGGGGUUCGGGAAAAAAACAGCCUCUACAGAGAGCAAAAAGUGCUCCCUAAAGGGAUAACAUUUAGGUCUCUCUAUACUGGGAGUUAAAGUGGCCCCCAAAGGGGAACCUUUAAAUACCUUCAAGUUUGCCCCUCUAGGGACCACUCUGAAGCUGCUAAGUAUUAUUCAAACUUUUAAUCGCCAAAAUUUUCAGGCCAAUCAUCACUGAACAGCCGGAAAAGACGACGUGGCGACGAUGAAGAUGGAGAUUAUAAUUUCAAUCGGCCCGAUGAAUUGGCGAUUCACAAGACGGAGUACUUCAAAGUGUGUAUUUACCUUGAUGAAAUAUUAUACUUGAUCGAAAAAUAAUUAUUAUGAACUUUUUCAGGUCGAAAAGGUGCUGGCUCAAUGGGGCUGGGGACGAUGGGCCGAGAUCAAGAAGAAUGGAGAGUUUGAGGUGAAUUUUAUUAAAUUUGUGCUCGUUGUAGUUUUUACCGGAUUAUUUUGGAAAGUUUGAGAGUUUUGCGAAAUAGUGUACGGAAAGAAGAGGUUCAGACGUCUUAGUAGCAUUUUUUUUUUGUGAGCUGUUGGUUCAAAACUCCUUUGAGACGGGUUGAAUUGAAAAAUCGGGGCUAAAAAAUUUCUUGGCGUCACUUGCACUUUCUCUGAGUUGCGACCGACCCUAUGCGGUUUGCGCGCUGGAGCAACCUAUAGUAUUUAAGCGAUGCCUUAAGUCGUUCAAAGUGCGGCCAAAAUGGAAUUUCUCAAUGUAACGCGCCCGACCUAUUACGGUUUGCGCGUUGAAGCUUCCGAGAAUGUUAGAGAUGCUUUUAGCCAUUCCAAGUGCGACCAAAUUUUCUAAUGAAACGCGCCCGACCCCAUACGGUUUUAGCAAGGGAGCAUCCAAAAGUGUUUGGACGAUCAUCUAGGUUAAACGGUGCUCUUCGCCGUUCAAGGUGCGACCAAAAUAGAGUUGCCUAAUAAAAUGCGCCCGACCCGAUACGGUUUUCGCGCUGAAGCUUCCGAGAGUUUUAGAGAGAUCAUCUAGAGAUGCUUUUAGCCAUUCCAAGUGCGACCAAAUUUUCUAAUGAAACGCGCCCGACCCCAUACGGUUUUAGCAAGGGAGCAUCCAAAAGUGUUUGGACGAUCAUCUAGGUUAAACGGUGCUCUUCGCCGUUCAAGGUGCGACCAAAAUAGAGUUGCCUAAUAAAAUGCGCCCGACCCGAUACGGUUUUCGCGCUGAAGCUUCCGAGAGUUUUAGAGAGAUCAUCUAGAGAUGCUUUUAGCCAUUCCAAGUGCGACCAAAUUUUCUAAUGAAACGCGCCCGACCCCGAUACGGUUUUAGCAAGGGAAGCAUCCAAAAAGUGUUUGGACGAUCAUCUAGGUUAAACGGUGCUCUUCGCCGUUCAAGGUGCGACCAAAAAUAGAGUUGCCUAAUAAAAAUGCGCCCGACCCGAUACGGUUUUCGCGCUGAAGCUUCCGAGAGUUUUUAGAGAGAUCAUCUAGAGAUGCUUUUUAGCCAUUCCAAGUGCGACCAAAUUUUUCUAAUGAAACGCGCCCGACCCGAUACGGUUUGCGCAAGGAAGCAUCCAAAAGUGUUUGGACGAUCAUCUAGGUUAAACGGUGCUCUUCGCCGUUCAAGGUGCGACCAAAAUAGAGUUGCCUAAUAAAAUGCGCCCGACCCGAUACGGUUUUCGCGCUGAAGCUUCCGAGAGUUUUGGAGAGAUCAUUUAGAGAUGCUUUUAGCCAUUCCAAGUGCGACCAUAUUUUAUAAAGAAACGCGCCCGACCCGAUACGGUUUGCGCAAGGAAGCAUCCAAAAGUGUUUGGACGAUCAUCUAGGUUAAACGGUGCUCUUCGCCGUUCAAGGUGCGACCAAAAUAGAGUUGCCUAAUAAAAUGCGCCCGACCCGAUACGGUUUUCGCGCUGAAGCUUCCGAGAGUUUUAGAGAGAUCAUCUAGAGAUGCUUUUAGCCAUUCCAAGUGCGACCAAAUUUUCUAAUGAAACGCGCCCGACCCGAUACGGUUUGCGCAAGGAAGCAUCCAAAAGUGUUUGGACGAUCAUCUAGGUUAAACGGUGCUCUUCGCCGUUCAAGGUGCGACCAAAAUAGAGUUGCCUAAUAAAAUGCGCCCGACCCGAUACGGUUUUCGCGCUGAAGCUUCCGAGAGUUUUAGAGAGAUCAUCUAGAGAUGCUUUUUUUUCCAAGUGCGACCAUAUUUUAUAAAGAAACGCGCCCGACCCGAUACGGUUUGCGCAAGGAAGCAUCCAAAAGUGUUUGAGCGAUCAUCUAGGUUAAACGGUACUCUUAGCCAUUCCAAUUGCGACCAAAAUAGAGUUUCCUGCGGCGCGCCCGACCUGAUACGGUUUACGCAACGGAGCAUCCAAUAAGAAAAUUUUAGAGGAAAAUAUUAAAUUUGAACUCGUUCCAGAUGUCGGAACUGGACAUUGAGCACAUGUCGCGGAUCCUCCUCCUACACUGCUUGAGGGAGUUCCGAGGCGAGGAUCGGGUCCGACAGUUCGUCUUCACCCUGAUAGCGCCCGAGGGCGCAAAAGUCCCGAAAAAUGACCCGAACUCGGCCAAAAAUCCGGCCGCCUCGAUUUAUCAUCAGGUUUGAACUAGUUCAUUCUCAAUGGAGUAUCUCUUUUUCGCUUCUUCGAAGAAGUUCCCGAAUUUUCAGGGCUGGGCCGCACUGCCCGAGUUCAACCCGCCGAGUUUCGUCCUGGACUCCUCGUUCCAACGUCACGUCCAUCGACACGCCAACAAGCUGAUGGUCAAGAUCGAUCAGUUGAAACACCUCGAGACGGUUCGGAAUUCAAGGAAAACUGGAAGAAAAUGAAAGGUUCCAGAGGAUUCUGGCGGAUCAGACGAAGUUGGCCGAGGACCCGGAGACUUCCUGGGACAAAAUCGAGCUGAAAGACCUGCCGCCGCUCGUCGAGACUUUUGUCGACGGAUGGGACGCCGAUUGCGAUAAAUCCCUGCUCAUUGGCGUUUGGCGACAUGGUUGGUUUCGAAAAUGGCCCAAUUUAACUGACGACAUCGCGCGCGAUAUAGCCAAAACUUGCGAUGUCGCAAAAGUUUCGCUGAGUUAUCGCGAAAAAAAUAUGAGGAAAGGUUGCUCCAUCGUACAGCAGCUCCUACUAUCCCCGAAAAAUAAUAUUAUAACGAAAAACAUUUUGAAAUCCCGCCAAAAAAUAUGAGGAAAGGUUGCUCCAUCGUACAGCAGCUCCUACUAUCCCCGAAAAAUAAUAUUAUAACGAAAAAAAAUUUGAAAUCCCGCCAAAAAAAGUAUGCGGAAAAAGAUCAAUUUUUUUGCUGAUUUUUUUGACUAUUAUAAUGAAAUCGAAAAAAAUGCGACAUUGCGGGCGAUAUACCGAAAAAUUGCGAUGUCGUCAAAGUCUCGCGGCCUUAUCGCGAAAUUUAAAAAAAUUAAUUUUGAUGAUUUUUUUGUUUUUUUAUAAUUUAUUUAGAAAGUGCGAGACUUUCGCGAUGUCGCGGGAGAGUCAAGCGAUAUCGCGCGCGACAUAGCGUUGUUCUCGCUGCGUUAAAAAGCUAUAAUAUUGAGUGAAAAUGCCUUGAAUCAAAUAAUAUUUCCACGCAUUUAAUUCUCGCGUUUUUCUCGGCGCGACAUCGCGUGUUUUGCUUUUUUUUUUCCGCGACAUCGCGUUUCGAAAACUCUCGAAUUUUUUUGAAGAGAAUAAAUGGAGAAGAGAAAAAAAAAAUGCGAGGUCGCGCCAAGUGAAAUUGCGAGUCUUCCGUGGCGAUAAAGCGUUUCAUUUGCGAAGUCGCGAGCGUCAUCGCGUUUCUCUCGCGGCUUCAGUGUGACUGUUCUCGAGUCGCAAAAAUUCUCAAAUUUACAAAAAGGGCGUUUUUCCAGGCCUUGAAAACUACGAGACGAUGAAAGCCGACGAGAAGCUCUGUUUCCACACGAAAAACAUCCCGACUUGGCCGGGAGCCACGGAAUUGUCCCUGAGAUUCAGAAGAUUGCUGGCCGCCAGCCAGAGGAGUGUCCACGAUCCGACCUACGAUCGAUUGAAGUGAUUUUUUUUUUGGAAAUGAGAAAGAUUUGACAGGGUAAUGAUAGGUUUGUGUUGGAGAACGGACUUGGAAAAAAAUAAUUUUUCAGAUAUUUUUAUAGAAAUAAAGGUUUUAUUAGGUUGUUGGGAGCUUAAAAAUAAUCAUUUUGAGUUUUUUUCAGAAGGUUCAGAUUUUUUUAAAGGUUCAAGGUUGAGAUUUUUGAGCCGGAAGUUAAAUUAUAUAGUUCAGAAAAAGGAAUUUUCGAUUUUUUUCCACAUGGAUUUGGCUUCAUUUUUUUCUGUUUUUUUCCAGGUGGAAUCGGCGAGAAGAAGCGGAAUUUUUUUGCGAAUUCUUCGAUCCUAUGGCAUCAAGGAUGUUCGAGGUACUGAUAUUAAUACGAAAAAAAUUAACUGAAUUUCAAAAAAAGUGGUCAAAAAUUUUGAAAAAAAUUCCGGAUUUUUUUCGGUUUUUUUGAUGAUUUUUUUAGCUUUAAAAAAAGGGUUGUAGGAAGAUCUGGAGGAAUAUCAAAAAAAUUGUCCAAAAAAAUAAUUUUUUUAGAUUCGAAGGUUUAGAAGUCUCCCAUGUAGAAAGUUAACGUUGGAAAAACGCUUUUUACCUUGAUAAAUUUUAAAAAAACGUUCAAUUUUGAAAUUGAGUUAGAAUCUCUGAGAAGCUUGAUCCAAGACUGGUCCAAUUUUUGAAAAUUGGCGCCAAAAAUUGACCCAAACAAAGAACCCAUGAUUUUUCUAGGCGACCCAACUCGCAUCGAUUGGGACUCGUUCCGCGCAUUUUCGCCCCUUUUGGACAAAAAACCCGAUGAGGAAAUGCAAGAGGAACUCUACUGCGUCCUGGCCAUGUGUACGAAGGUAACAAAUGUGAAUUUUUUUCGUCAGGUUUUGGUGAAAAUCCAGUUUGAUAGUUUUUAUACAGAGGGGUAUGGUCAGUGAAGAAUGAGGCUUGAUAUUUUUAUUCUUAUUUUCAAAGCUUUUGAUUAUAGCCGAUCCAUAGGUAGCUUAAGAAUCCAAAGGGGCGUGUCUUGUCUCCACCAACUGAUAACUAUUCAUUUCAAAAUCGUGUCAGGACCAUUUUUUCGCUGGCUCAAAAGAGCUGUAAGCUAUCGUUGUUUUUCAUCAGUUUUGAAAAAAAAAAUGAGAAAAGUAUCUGAAAAGAGAGAUCAAAGGCGGGUUGAAAAGACACCAGAGAAUGAGGUUUUUUCACUGGCUUCUCUUCACCAUUUCUGUCUGGUUCGAAGAAAGAAAUUUAAUAAAGUGGUUUGAAAAUAUACGAAAAAUCAACGAAAAUCAGUAAACGAAGUACAAAAGUUUAUAGUUCUCGAAAAAAAGACACCCUAGAGCUCGAGAAAAUCUUGAAAAUUGAAAAAAGAGUGAUUUCAACGAGACUAGAAGGCUAUGGAGGUUCUAAGUCUCAUUAGGGAUUUUUUUCGGUCGAAUUUUAGCAAUUUUUUUUAAAGUAAUUACUCGGACCUUGGUAACGUGAAACGGACGUACUCCGGACGUUCCUAAGCAUUUCUAAGGAUCACUUGAAUGACGCCACUAAAGGGAUCACUCGAAAUCCCACGACACUUCCGAUUCGCGUUACCAAGGUUCGAUUAUAACUGUUUCACGUUCAUCUGUAGCCAUUGAAAAACGGGUCCUGACACGAAACAAGGAAACAGUACCUGGUUUAUGGAGAGUAUACACAGGCCACGCCCCAUUAAAACUUUUUUCGAAUUUCGAAGGAAAUGUAAAAGUAUAAGUCUCAUAAAAAUGGUUGAAGAAUUGAUCUCAAUCAUUCUUUUUUAGGCCCAAGGCGGCGAAUUAUCGCCAAUGGACCUGAAAAGAGCCAUGUCCGUCGAGGCGCUCAACACGAGAAGAGCCAUUCGGUUCAUGAAUCGGCUGCAUCUGACUAGAAAGGUAAUAUUUCCUGUCGAAAAUCCAAACUUAUAUCUUCUUUCAGAUCCACGCCCUCGCUGAGAAGAUCGACCAGCAGCCGAACAUGAAGUUGUGCUCGACCGAAGCGAUGCCGUCCGGCUGGACCCAUCAACAUGAUCACGACCUCAUCGAGAUCUGCGAUCAGUUCGGAAUCGAUGGAAUCACCAACAAUCUCCUCCAGAAGAGCUCCUUCGAAAAAGUCGGAAAGAUCGCCAAAAUUCCGCAAAUCUGUGGUUUUCAGAUCGUCCGUCCUUCGGAAAGAACCCUGCUCCGACGCGUUUUGGAGAUCGUCUCAACGGUUGAAACCGGAAAGUGGAAUGGGGCCGCCGACGUCGACACCAUCGAAGACAGCGACACCGAGGAGAAGAGAGAAGCCGUCGCCGCGGCUCAAGCUGCCAGAAUCGCCGUCAGCCAGAAUUCGGCGGUAAUUUUAGGAAUCAGCACGUCUUCAACGUUCUCUUUCAGCAACCCGGAAGACGUGGCCGAAAACGGGCCGCCGUCCAGAGCGACAACGACGCCAAGAUGCGCGCCGUCAUGCAGCAACUUCUUCUGGCUGGCGGAGGCGGAUCGGCUAACGACCUCAGCGCCGCCCUCCUCCAGUCCAUGCUCAUGGGCACCCUGGCCGGAGCUUCCUCCUCCUCCUCGUCCUCGUCGGCGGCUGCGAACAACGCCGCCGCCGCUCAGAUCAUGGCCAGCCUUCUCGCCAUGAGCAGUGAGUUUUGGAUUUUGGUUUCUGAGUUUGAACUUGAUGGUUGAGAUCUGACCAAUAAAGUCUGAGUAUGAACUUGGCAUAGCUAAAAGCAUUUUCUAGUGCGGCUAGGACUCAUCAUAGCUUCAAAACGGCAUAGAUUAGCUAGGCUAGAGCUUCUCUAACUUUACUGAUCUGACUAACCUUGGUAAAAAUCCUAGAAGUUCAGAACAGCUUGGCUUGAGCAUGAACUUGGCAUAGUUACAGCUCAUUAAACCGAUUUUUAUUAUGGCUAAGACUCAUCAAAACUUCAGAAUGGCUCAAUUUCAUAGAUUAGCAUGGCUAAAGCUAGUUUAUCUCUGAGUUGGCCUUAGUAAAUCAUCCAAGAAGUUCAACUUGACUUGAGCAUGAACUUGGCAUGGUUGCAGCUCAUUAAACUGAUGUCUAGUAUGGCUGAGACUUAUGAGAACUUCAGAAGGUCAUAGAUCAGUAUGGCUAGAGCUCGUUUAGUUCUACUGAUCUGACUAACCUUGGUCAAACUUCAAAGAAGUUCAAAACAGCUCGACUUGAGCAUGAACUUGGCACAGCUAAAACUUGUAAGACCGAUUUCUAGCUUGGUUAAGACUCAUCAGCACUUCAAAACGGCAUAGAUCAGUUUGGCUAGAGCUCGUUUAGUGCUACUGAUCUGACUAACCUUGGUAAAACUCCUGGAAGUUCAGAACAGCUUGACUUUUGAGCAUGAACCUCUGAAGAUCAGAUUUUGGCAUGGCUAGGAUCUUCGCAGAUCAGAUUUUAGUAUGGCUAGGAGCUAUCAGAACUUCGAAACACUCCCAAGGACUUUUUCGAGAGAAGCUAGCAUAAGUGGAACCUGUAGGAUGAGUUUUCACUAUGAAAAGACCCAUCAGAACUUCAGAACAGCUGGAAUUCAGUUAUACCAGAGUUCAUCAGAACUAGAACUGGUUAGACGGAAUUUUAGUAAGUCUGGCUUGUCAAAUCUUCAGAAUAUGAAAUCUUUCUGAAUUUUCAGUAGGACUAAGACCUGUCAGAACUUCAGAACAGCGGGAAUUUGAUUAUAUUAGAGUUUAUCAGAACUAGAGUCGGCCAGACCAAAUUUUAGCAUGUCUGGCUUGUCAGAAAUUUGGAAUACUUAGGAACCACCUAGACCUGUUAAGAAGGCUCGUCAAGAUCAGAUUUGAUUUUAGAAGAAGAUUAGGGUCAAAAACUUUCCAAUGGGACAUUUGCAUGGCUAGACCAGAUUCUAGCAUUGCUCCAUGAACCAAAACUCUGAAGAAACAACUGACUGAAAACCUAAAUUUCAGUGGCCGCCCAACCGUCAACCUCCGGAGCCUCCUCGAGCAAGUCCAGCUCAAACGCCCAGGCUCAGGCUCAAGCGGCGACCGCGGCAGCCCUAGCCGCAGCUCUCGGCACUGACUUCAGCGCCCUGAUGCCGUCGACGUCUUCGACCCCGGCCGCCAGCUCGUCCUCCGCCACGACUUCCAACACUCCGUCGGCCGCCGACGCCAUCAACCUCGCCACCAACGGACCUUCGACCUCGGCGACGCCGAGCUCGUCUCGAAGGAAGCCGGUCAAGCAAGAGUCCUCGAACUCGUUGGCGGGCACCUCGUCCAGCUCCACGAUGAGCGCCGCCGCGAAGCAAGCCGCCCAGGAACAGCAGCUUUUCCAGCAGUUGGCCGCAAGUGGCUUGGGAAUGGCUGAGCUUCUGAUGUUGUCGCAGUUGCCUAGUGGUGAGUUGGGGGAAGAAAUAGCCGCGUUUUACAGAAAAAAACGGACUAUUUGAAACAUUUUGAUGUCUCCUAAAGUCUCGACAAAAUAGCCAUGGUCCUUAGAAAUCUGAAAAAAUGAAAAAAUUCUGCGAAAAAAUGAAAUUAGCCCUGGAGCACACUUUCAUUGAUAUUAAAUAUUUUCCACGGCUGUUUUUUCCAUUUUUUUGAGCUCGGAAAAAAUGCUUUCUGCAUCAAUUUUUAGUGUAGAGAUCACCGAAAAUCCGCUAAUAAUUUUUUUUCCAGAAACUCGAAUCCCGGUGAUGCACAACAAGACCCGGGAACGUCUCCCAACUCACUUGGGACCUCAAAUCAAGGACAUCGCCCCGUGGCUGGUCAUGAACCCGGAAUACAUCGUCGACCUGCAAAAUCAAGGCAAAGAGCCGUCUUCAUCCUCUGGAGCUGCAGCAUCUGCUGCGGCUGCCAAAGUCGAAUCGACGCCGUCUAGCGCCAAACCUUCGGCACCGCCCACUCCGGCCCCCGCCGCUGCGACGCCGGCGCCGACGACGUCUUCUGUCCCCGCCACCCCCAAGGCGACCAGUCCGAAGUGGGUAUUUUGAAUCAGAGUCGACUUUUGGAGGGUCUGAGGAAAGAAAACUAUGUUUGAAAGUUGGUAUUGAUCUCAGACGGCGUCCUGUAAAUGAUCAAAAGGAUCUGGAAAGUUUUUACUUUGAACUGAGGUCGAUUUUUGGCGUUAUGUAGAUUUUAAUCUUCAGAAGGGUCCAGAAAGGCCGAAAUCGUUUCAACAACAUAUUAUCUUCUCAGAAAGUUGAAAAAUAUCUAGGAAAGUUUUUAGAGGCCACUGUAGGGUUUUGACGUUCUAGUGGCCGCUGUAGGGUUUUGGUGUUUGAGUGGCCACCAUAGGGUUUUGACGGUUUAGUGGCCACUAUAGAGGUCCAAUCAGUCACCACUUAAGGGGUUAAAGUUUUGAAUAUUUAUUUCACUCCAAUACAUAAAAUAACAUGAGCUAUAAAGAAAGAGGCAAAGUUGGGCAAGAAUUGUAUGGGAGUGAAAUGAGCACCGGUUUUAAUACGCCCUCACGAGCGAAUUUACCGGUAUAGGGAAUAGAACACGUAGAAGGAUUUUUUUGAUCACAGUAGACGUAAGGGAAUGUUGGAAAAGAGUUCUUCGUUGCUUAGCGAGUCGAGAAACUUUCUGAAACGGGUGGUAGACGUGUUAGGGUUGAAUCUUGAGCAGAGUCUAUUCCAAAGAGGAAUGACAGUGCUAAAAAAACUAUUAAAUCGGGAACCAGUCUGAAUCAAACGAAAAGGAUACCGAGGUGAACGACUUCUACUGAAAAACUUUUCUGCGCUAGGAAAGUGGUAAAUGCCCAGGACGAUUUUUUGAAGCGUUACUAGAGCAAUAGAAGUUCUCCUACGGAAAACAUGAGUAGAACCGAGUACAUCAAGGCGAUGGGAGUAUGUGUCAAAGGAUUUAUUACGUCUCAUGAAAAACUUGCCUAGUAUAAUGACGGUAAGGUUUUUUUCAAGGAGGACGGAAAGUUCUGAAUUUAUAGGCGGUGAGAAGAUUUCAGAGCAAUAGUCAAGAUAGGGUCUAGCAUACAUGUUGAAUAGUAAAUUAUACUGCUGGAUGUUCAAGUGAGCAAAAGCUUUGAGCAGCUGUUUAGAUUUGAGAGUGGCAAUGUUGACUACAUGAUUAAUGUGAGGGCUGAAACACAAAUUUUUAUCGAUAAGGAGACCGAGGUCUCUGACAACAGUUUCAGAUCGAAUAGGUGAGCCAUUAACAUUGUAAACAUGUUCAGGAUUGUUUCUGCCUAGAUGAAGUGGCCACUAUAGAGGUCUAAGUGUGACUACUAGACCACUAAAACUUUGAGUGGCCACUUUAGGGGUCAAUGGAUCAAUAUAACUGGUCCAACCUGUUUUUUUUUUAAGUUAUCAGAGUUAAUGGAAGAAAUACUGGAUGAAAAACUACUGAAGUGGCCACUUAAUAGAGAAUUUCUAUAGUGGCCACUAAAAAUUUUCCCAGAUCGUCUGAACAUAUAUUUCUACAGGUUGGAAAAGACAGGAAGAAAAAAUGGAAACCAUGUCAAUUUUUAGAAGAUGUUAUUGAUAGAAGGACACAGAGAAAAUCAAUCAGCGAAAUUUACUCAAAAUAAUAAAACUUGACUGAAACGUACAUCUCCUUAGUACACUUGAACAACUAAAAGUUCCCUUUUUUCAGACUCGAGCCCGGAGAAAUCCCGAAAAAGGCCUCGGCGACGGCCAACGUCAAAACCGGCGCCACCUUCAAGCUGGAUGAUCCCAUCGCCAUGUACAAUCGGUAAGGGUUUCAGGAAAUAAUCAAAAAAUCAUGGUUUUUCAGGAAAACCGGCAUGAUGACCCCCGCGCAGACGUGGCCCUACGCGACGAAUUUGUCGACCUAUCUCGACGCAAAUCCGGAAAUGAACGUCCAUUCCAGCUGUGCUCUGGUGGCUCAGGUGAGAAACGGAAUUUUUGGAAAAAAUGAAAAAAAGAUCCCCUAGAGUGACCACUUACCAUCUAUGGACCACUUAAAGCGGGUAUUCAUUCUCCUCUAGGGACCACUUGAAGCGGAUAUUCAUUCUCCUCUAGGGACCACUUGAAGCGGUUCAUCUACGCAUCUUUAGUGACCACUUUAAUUGAUCACUUACGGCUCUCUAGGGGCCACUUGAAGUAUUCACUUACGCUCUAGGGAACACUUGAAGGGGUCACUUUCUCUUCUCUAGGGAGCAUUUUAAGUGACUAUUCACGCUUCUUUAGGGGCUACUAAAGGGAUCACUUUCUCUUCUCUAGGGACCACUUGAAGUGAUCACUUUCUCUUUCAAGAGCCCCUUGACGUGGCUAUUUACGCUUCUCUAGGGGCCACUUGAAGUGGUUCAUCUACACCUCUUUAGUGACCUAUUGAAGUGAUCACUGAAUCCUCUCCAGGGGCCACUUGAAUUGAUUAAAUACGCCUCUCUAGGGACCACUUGAAGAGGACUUUAUCUCUGUUUUACCCUUGAAAGAUUUGAAAAGGAAAUUUUUGGAACUGAACACUUAUCACUGAACACUUAUCACUGAACACAAAAUGAUCAUUUUCCAAAAGUCGUUCACUUUAGAAGAGCAUCCCUAAUGUGUUUGCGGACUUUUCGGAGUUACAGUAACCAUUAUAUCCAAAAAAUAAAAAAAUAUCAACUUUGGCUUCAUUAAAGGUUGACCUUGGAGGCUAUUUUUGCUCUUUGAAGUUUUUCAAGUGUCUCGAAGCGAAAGCGCAAAAAACAUCUUGCUUUACUGUAGCUUUUUUGAAAACGUGCGGAAUAGCUUAAAUACCGCAAAAAACUUCUUUUGAGGUUUAGAAGCUUCAAAAUUUGUAAAGUAAACUUGAGAAUUUUGCAGCUCCUGGUCGGUACCACCCAUGCGGAAAGGAUCGGCGGCGAACCGGCCGAGGGAAAAGUCAUCGCCUCGACGCCGUCGGCCAGCCGAACCCCGGCCUCGAUCACGGCCGGAACUUCCGCAGGGAACAGUUCGACCUCCGUCGUCACCCCGGUCGCCAAGGCUUCCAGUAGCUCUCGACAAGGUUUCGACAAGUCCCGAGCUCGAGUUCCAAGCGGAAGUCGUUCAGGAACCAGCCAGCCGAGCACCUCUUCCGCCUCGGACCUCCUCGUGAAACAGCAGAUGGAGGCGUUCCAGAUGCAGAUGCUCCUCCAGCAGGCCGUCCUGCAGCAGUCGAUGAUGGCGAUGAACCCGUACGCCGCCAUGGCGUCGGGCUCCAACAUGGCUGGAAGCUCUAAGGUAAUACUUUCAUCUGCCCUAAACGCCGGCAUUUGAAUCAAGUGUGCGUAGCGGUUGCGUCGCUAAUGAUGGUCGCAUUGGGAGUGGCUGACCCGCAACGCGACCGCGACGCUCCCACAUACAUUUUUAAUAUAGCGAUUUAAAUAAUUUAUCAAUUCAUAUAUAUAUGAGUGCGAAGCGGUCGCGUCGCGUUUUGGGGCUAAUUUAAAUUUCCCGCAUUUUUGAACUUUUCAUGGUCGCAUUGAGAAUGGCUGAGCCGCAACGCAACCGCGACGCUUCAAGCAAUUCCACGUACGUUCUUCGAUUUUUAUCAUUUUUUCCGAUAACGGAAAGUUUGCCCUACCGGGAAACUGUGGCGGGAAAAUUCAAAAACAGGGCCAGAAAAUUAGUUUGUAGUUUGAUCGACAGACCUUUCGUCAAAGCCUGAUUUCUCUGCGCUCUCUUGUUCAAAUUCUAUUUCCAACUUUCUCUAACCUCGCUGAAGAGAUAGAGAGAAAAGAGAGCGCAGACAUAUUAGUAGGAUUGAAGUCGUACCGAAUGGACUAUUUUCGACGGAAUGACUAAUUUCCUCGAUUUUCAGCAAGACGACAUGAACCCGAUGGUUCUCUCGGCUAUCAUGUCGAAUCCGCUGAUGCUCCAGUCCCUUAUGAUGGAUCCAACCAUGGCGAUGGCCCUGGCCGCCGCCGGACAGAUGCCGUCGACCUCAGGCACGACCCCGAAAAAGCCCAAGACCAGUCAGCCUCCCAAUAACUCUAAUUAG